AUGCCGCACGAGCAGGUUACUACAAUUUAGUCUUUAGUGUCUGUCUUUCUGAAGGGUGUUGUGGCCCAUAUGUGAAAGGUACUGUAAAUAAAUGUGAUUUAAAGGUUCAAGUCUUGUAUUGAAUGCCUUUUGUAUCCCUGAGGGUAGGGUGGGAGGGCUGAAGAAAUCUUACUGUCCUCAAUCCACCUUUUACGAGAGAGGAGGGGAGGAGAUCUGAUUGAAAGAGUAACUGAAUUACACAACUUUAGAUUUGCGUGUCUGAAAAUUAACUGUGACAUGUGAAUUAUGCGUGCUAAGGGAGAGUUUGAAAUUUACUGGGGGGGGGGGGGGGGGGGUUGGUGAGACAGUCGAUGCCACGCAGGGCUAACGGGACAGAAGAUUGAGGGUUCGCCGAUCACCACGGACGAGCUCACUCUCCCUGCCUGUAUCAUUACAUUACGAUCAGAGCCGACUGCAGACAACGAUCAGCUAGGGGGAAAUCAGAUUUUCAACAUUUGUAUGCUAUAUUUAAGCAAUAAGGCAGGAGGGGUGUGGUAUAUGACCAAUAUACCACGGCUAAGGGCUGUUCUUAAGUACGGUGCAACGCAGAGUGCCUGAAUACAGCCCUUAGCCGUGGUAUAUUGGCCAUAUACGACAAACCCCUGAGGUGCCUUAUUGCUGUUAUAAACUGCUUACCAACGUAAUUACAACAGUAAAAAGUAAUGUUUUGUCAUACCUGUGGUAUACAGUCUCAUAUACCACAUAUUUCAGCCAAUCAGCAUUCAGGGAUCGAACCACCCAGUUUAUAAUUAUAUAAUGAAUACAACACAUUUUCCACCAACAGGUUUCUGUGCCAAUACACCACACAUGACCAAUAAGCAACGCAUAACUGCAUACUGUUUACCGACUGAGUGCUCAUCAUGGUUUGUGUUUUCAACACCACAAUCAAGUAGAGUAUGUCAAUCUCGACAAACAGAAAAUGCAUUCCUCCCUACUCAGAAUUGAAGGCUUGGUUUGACAGUCUCUGAAUGUCAUUAAACUUUCUGGUGUUUUGUAACAGAAUAAUCGAAUUGUAAUUUCGCAGUUCGGAUGCUGGAAUUAUAUUUGAGUGGAGAGGAUGAACGUGAGCAGGUAGUCUACAGGGGACUUUUGAAGUAGCCUAAUCAGAUUAAAACAUUUUGACUAGUUGUGUUUAUGCCACACGAAAGGUAAUACAUUUUCAAAGUUAAAUGACAAAUAUUUAGGCUAUAUUGAACGUUAGGUUCUAGAUCGAGGAAUAGCCGCUCUGAUUGGAAAGGAAGCAGAACGCGUGUUAAGCUUUCCUGAAUAGCUGGGCCUGCUGGGAGCAGAGGGCCACCCACAUAGGCCUAUUCUAGGACAACUUGGGAGAAUGAUGAUCGGCAACAGACAGCGCAUCAGUAUCAGAAGCAAAAAUACUACUGUGCCUUUCUAUAGUCUUUUGAGAGUAGACCCACAACUGAUCCAAAUGGAAUGAAACAUUCAAAUAACAGCACUUUUGCACCAUAAUUCAAAUCAAUGAAAUCACAUUUUAUUUGUCACAUGCUUUGUAAACAACAGGUGUUGACUAAAACGGAAAUGCUUACUUACUGGCCCUUCCCAACAAUGCAGAGAAAGAAAAUAGAGAAAUAAUAGAAAAGUAAUACCCGUAAUAAAUGGAGCAUUUCAAUUUUGGACAAUUUCUUAUAAAUUGGGUUGAAAUAAUGUAUACUAACCCUAGGUGUAAAAUAGUAAAUAAUGGCUAUUUCUCAAAAAGUUUUAAAAUGUCAAGAGGAGUGAAACAAGGUUGUCCACUAUCGGCAUAUCUAUUUAUUAUUGCCAUCAAGAUGUUAGCUAUUAAAAUCAGAUCCAACAAUAAUAUCAAGGGAUUAGAAAUCCAGGGCUUAAAAACAAAGGUGUCAUUGUACGCUGAUGAUUCAUGUUUUCUUUUAAAUCCACUACUAGAAUCCCUCCACAGCCUCAUAGAGGAUCUAGAUACAUUUUCUAAACUCUCUGGAUUACAACCAAAUUAUGAUAAAUGUUCUAUAUUACGUAUUGGAUCACUAAAAAAUACAAUUUUUACAUUACCAUGUAGUUUACCAAUAAAAUGCUCUGAUGGUGAUGUGGAUAUACUCUGAAUACAUAUUCCAAAUGAAAUAAAUGAUCUCACUCAAAAAAUAAAUAAUAGAAAGUUAGCAAAAAUAGAUAAGAUCUUGCUACCAUGGAAAGGUAAUACCUGUCCAUUUGUGGAAAAAUCACCCUGAUUUAACUCUUUAGUAUUAUCCCAGUUUACCUAUUCGCUUAUGGUCUUGCCUACGCCUAGCAAACAGUUUUUUUAAUUAUAAGAAAAAAAAUAUUCCAUUUUAUUUGGAACGGCAAGCCAGACAAAAUUAAACGGGCCAAUUUAUAUAAUGAAUAUGAAUUAGAAGGACAGAAAUUAUUAAAUAUUAAAGCAUUAGACCUAUCACUAAAAGCUUCAGUCAUACAAAAAUUGUACUUAAAUCCGAACUGGUUCUCUAGCAAACUAGUAAGAUUGUCUCACCCAAUGUUCAAGAAGGGACUUUUUCCCUUUAUUCAGAUUAAAACCCCUCACUUUCAGGUAUUUGAAAAGGAAAUCAUCUCCCAAAUAUCACUAUUUCUAAAACAAGCCAUAGAAAGUUGGUUGCAAUUUCAAUUUAAUCCUCCAGAAAUGACAGAACAAAUAUUGCAACAAAUAUUGUGGUUAAACUCAAAUAUACUAAUUGAUAAAAAACCGUUCUUUUUUGAGAAAAUGUUUAAAAAAGGUAUAAUCUUCGUAAAUGAUAUUAUCGAUAGGAAUCGUGGAGUUAUGUCGCACAUGCAGCUAACAAAAACAUAUGGAAAUGUCUGCUCUACCCAAAAUUACAACCAAAUAAUUGCAGCAUUACCGCAAAAAUGGAAGAGGAAAGUGGAAGGAGGAAAAAGUAAGGAACUUGUCUGUCAGCCUUGCAUUAAAGAACAUAAUUUGUUAAAGAAAAUUGUGAUAAAUAAAAAAGUUUACCAGUUUCAUUUAAGGUCCAAAAGAUUGACAGCCGUCCCAUAUAGAUUGCAAAAUAUUUGGAAAGAGAUUUCAGAAGUACCGAUUCCAUGGCAUAGUGUUUAUGAACUGAUACGCAAAACGACGCAAAACGACGCCGGAUUCAAAACUUAGAAUUUUUCAAUUUAAAUUAUUAUAUAAAAUUCUUGCUACCAAUAGAAUGUUAUUUGAAUGGGGGAUGCAAUCUUCCCAACUCUGCAGAUUUGGCUGUGAAGAGACAGAAUCAUUAGGUCAUUUGUUUUGGUACUGUCCAUUUGUAGCUUGUUUCUGGACACAGGUCCAGGAAUGGCUAAAGGAUUGCAAUAUUUGCAUGGAGCUGACCCUGCAGAUAGCACUACUGGGUGAUCUGAAAAGUCAUAGUCAAUCGAUCAAUAAUAUAAUAAUACUUUUAGCAAAGAUGUUUAUUUUCAAUUCACAAACUAUAGAAACUAUGAGAAUAGAAAGGUUCAGAAUGUUUGUAAAACAUCACAGUACAAUUGAAAAAUAUAUGGCAAAUAGAAAUCCAAUAUGGAUGGUGUUAAGAGAUAGAUGGGAGGUGUUGAAUGGAGCUGAAGGAUGGGACUAAUAACAACAACUAAUAACAACAAGAUAACUAGUGUAAGACAUGCGAAAAUGAUCGGAGGAAGUUCAGGAGUAAAAACAAACAACAUAUAAUUAUUGACUGUGUCCAUAAGAUGUAUAUAGUAUGUAUAAGCAUGAAGUAGAGGCCUAAGCAUUGUUGUUCACUCGUUUACUCCAAUUAGGGAGGGGAUGGUGGGGUUGGAAAGUAAUAAAGGGAAAUAUAUAUAUAUAUAUUUUUAAAGGAUAUGUAUGUAUACUUUUUCACACAGGGCCAUGUGGGUUUGGAUUUUGUUUUCCCUUAAUAAUAACAACCUUCAUUUCAAAACUGCAUUUUGUGUUUACUUGUGUUAUCUUUGACUAAUUUACAUUUGUUUGAUGAUCUGAAACAUUUAAGUGUGACAAACAUUCAAACAAAUAACAAAUCAGGAAGGGGGCAAACACUUUUUCACACCACUGUAUGUAUGUAUGUGUAUGUGUGUGUAUGUGUAUGUACAGUGGGGGAAAAAAAGUAUUUAGUCAGCCACCAAUUGUGCAAGUUCUCCCACUUAAAAAGUUGAGAGAGGCCUGUAAUUUUCAUCAUAUGUACAUGUCAACUAUGACAGACAAAUUGAGGGGAAAAAAUCCAGAAAAUCACAUUGUAGGAUUUUUAAUGAAUUUAUUUGCAAAUUAUGGUGGAAAAUAAGUAUUUGGUCACCUACAAACAAGCAAGAUUUCUGGCUCUCACAGACCUGUAACUUCUUCUUUAAGAGGCUCCUCUGUCCUCCACUCGUUACCUGUAUUAAUGGCACCUGUUUGAACUUGUUAUCAGUAUAAAAGACACCUGUCCACAACCUCAAACAGUCACACUCCAAACUCCACUAUGGCCAAGACCAAAGAGCUGUCAAAGGACACCAGAAACAAAAUUGUAGACCUGCACCAGGCUGGGAAGACUGAAUCUGCAAUAGGUAAGCAGCUUGGUUUGAAGAAAUCAUCUGUGGGAGCAAUUAUUAGGAAAUGGAAGACAUACAAGACCACUGAUAAUCUCCCUCGAUCUGGGGCUCCACGUAAGAUCUCACCCCGUGGGGUCAAAAUGAUCACAAGAACGGUGAGCAAAAAUCCCAGAACCACACGGGGGGACCUAGUGAAUGACCUGCAGAGAGCUGGGACCAAAGUAACAAAGCCUACCAUCAGUAACACACUACGCCGCCAGGGACUCAAAUCCUGCAGUGCCAGACGUGUCCCCCUGCUUAAGCCAGUACAUGUCCAGGCCCGUCUGAAGUUUGCUAGAGUGCAUUUGGAUGAUCCAGAAGAGGAUUGGGAGAAUGUCAGAUGAAACCAAAAUAUAACUUUUUGGUAUAAACUCAACUCGUUGUGUUUGGAGGACAAAGAAUGCUGAGUUGCAUCCAAAGAACACCAUACCUACUGUGAAGCAUGGGGGUGGAAACAUCAUGCUUUGGGGCUGUUUUUCUGCAAAGGGACCAGGACGACUGAUCCGUGUAAAGUAAAGAAUGAAUGGGGCCAUGUAUUGUGAGAUUUUGAGUGAAAACCUCCUUCCAUCAGCAAGGGCAUUGAAGAUGAAACGUGGCUGGGUCUUUCAGCAUGACAAUGAUCCCAAACACACCGCCCGGGCAACGAAGGAGUGGCUUCGUAAGAAGCAUUUCAAGGUCCUGGAGUGGCCUAGCCAGUCUCCAGAUCUCAACCCCAUAGAAAAUCUUUGGAGGGAGUUGAAAGUCCGUGUUGCCCAGCGACAGCCCCAAAACAUCACUGCUCUAGAGGAGAUCUGCAUGGAGGAAUGGGCCAAAAUACCAGCAACAGUGUGUGAGAACCUUGUGAAGACUUACAGAAAACGUUUGACCUGUGUCAUUGCCAACAAAGGGUAUAUAACAAAGUAUUGAGAAACUUUUGUUAUUGACCAAAUACUUAUUUUCCACCAUAAUUUGCAAAUAAAUUCAUAAAAAAUCCUACAAUGUGAUUUUCUUUUUUUUUUUUUCUCAUUUUGUCUGUCAUAGUUGACGUGUACCUAUGAUGAAAAUUACAGGCCUCUCAUCUUUUUAAGUGGGAGAACUUGCACAAUUGAUGGCUGACUAAAUACUUUUUUUCCCCACUGUAUGAGUCAAAGUUUGUGCAAAAGGGGUCAAUGCACAUAGUCCAGGUAGCUAUUUGAUUAACUAUUUAACUGACUAUACUGAACAAAAAUAAACGCGACAAUUUCAAAGAUUUUGCUGAGUUACAGUUCAUAUAAGGAAAUCAGUCAAUUUAAAUGAAUAAAUUCCUAAUCUAGGGAUUUCCCAUGACUGGGCAGGGGCGCAGCCAUGGGUGGGCCUGGGAGGGCAUAGGCCCACCCUCUUGGGAGCCAGGCCAACCCACUGGGGAGCCAGGCCCAGCCAAUCAGAAUGAGUUUUUCCCCUCAAAAGGGCUUUAUUACAGACAGAAAUACUCCUCAGCUCCCCCUCCUGACGAUCCCGCAGGUGAAGAAGCCAGAUGUGGAGGUCCUGGGCUGGUGUGAAUACACGUGGUCGGCGGUUGUGAGGCCAGUUGGACGUACUGCCAAAUUCUCUAAAACGACGUUGGAGGCAGCUUAUGGUAGAGAAAUGAACAUUCAAUUCUCUGGUAACAGCUUUGGUGGACAUUCCUGCAGUCAGCAGGCCAAUUGCACGCUCCCUCAAAACUUGAGACAUCUGUGGCAUUGUGUUGUGUGACAAAACUGCACAUUUUAGAGUGGCCUUUUAUUGUCCCCAGCACAAGGUGCACCUGUGCAAUGAUCGUGCUGUUUAAUCAGCUUCUUGAUAUGCCACACCUGUCAGGUGGAUGGAUUAUCUUGACGAAGGAUAAAAUGCUCACUAACAGUGAUGUAAACAAAUCUAUUCACAAAAUUUGAGAGAUAUAAGCUUUUUGUGCGUAUGGAAAAUUCCUUGGAUCGUUUAUUUCAGCUCAUGAAACAUGGGACCAGCACUUUACAUGUUGCGUUUAUAUUUUUGUUCAGUAUAUUUAGCAAUCUUGGGGGUAAAAGCUGUUCAGGCCAGGGUCCUGUUGGUUCCAGACUUGGUGCAUCGCUACCGCUUGCCAUACGGUAGCAGAGAGAACCAUAUGACAAAUAUAAUUUUCACUGCACUUUAUAGCCUAGAGUAUAAUUUUACUCAACUGUACUCACUAAUGCAAUUUAUUCAUUGGAUUGUGGUGUUGUAGGGUAGUCUAGGUAGGAUCAUUUUAUGGUCCCUAAACAAGAUCAAUAGGGGAGCUUUUUGAGCUGCGUGUCUUCACUGUUCUUUUAUGCGCAAUGAAGCACCUGGCCUAUGCUGCCUAUCCGCAAUUCCUCUACCUUGUGUAUUUAUAUAGAAAAUUGGUUCAGAUUUGAAUGAUUUUACAGAGCCUUCGGAAAGUAUUUAGACCCCUUGACUUUGUCCACAUUUUGUUACGUUACAGCCUUAUUCAAAAAUGGAUUAAAUAAAAUAAAAUCCUCAGCACUCUACACACAAUACCCAAUAAUGACAAAGCGAAAACAGGUUUUCUAUAUUUUUUGCAAAUGUAUUAAAAAAAUUAAAAACAGAAAUACCUUAUUUACUUAAGUAUUCAGACCCUUUGCUAUGAGACUCAAAAUUGAGUUCAGGUGCAUGCUGUUUCCAUUGAUCAUCCUUGAGAUGUUUCUACAACUUGAUUGGAGUCCACCUGUGGUAAAUUCAAUUGAUUGGACAUGAUUUGGAAAGGCACACAAAAUCAAAUCAAAUGUUAUUUGUCACAUACACAUGUUUAGCAGAUGUUAUUGCGGGUGUAGCAAAAUGCUUGUGUUUCUAGCUCCAACAGUGCAGUAUAUCUAACAAUUCACAACAAUACACACAACACACAAAACCUAAAAGUAAAAAAAAUUGAAUUAAGGAAUAUAUAAAUAUUAGAAAUAUUAGGAUAAGCAAUGUCGGAGUGGCAUAGACUAAAAUACAGUACAAUAGAAUACAGUAUAUACAUAUGAGAUGAGUAAAGCAAAAAUAUUUAAACAUUAUCAGAGUGACUAGUGUUCCAUUAUUAAAGUGGCCACACCUGUCUAUAUAAGGUCCCACAGUUGACAGCGCAUGUUAGAGCAAAAACCAAGCCAUGAAGUCGAAGGAAUUGUCCGUAGAGCUCCGAGACAGGAUUGUGUCGAGGCACAGAUCUGGGGAAGGGUACCAAAACAUUUCUGCAGCAUUGACGGUCCCCAAGAACACAGUGGCCUCCAUCAUUCUUAAAUGGAAGAAGUUUGGAACCACCAAGACUCUUCCUAGAGCUGGCCAACCCGGCCAAACUGAGCAAUCGGGGGAGAAGGGUCUUGGUCAGGUAGGUGACCAAGAACCUGAUGGUCACUCUGACAGAGCUCUAGAGUUCCUCUGUGGAGAUGGGAGAACCUUCCAGAAGGACAACCAUCUCUGCGGCACUCCACCAAUCAGGCCUUUAUGGUAGUGACCAGACGGAAGCCACUCAUCAGUAAAAGGCACAUGACAGCCCACUUGGAGUUUCCCAAAAUGCACCUAAAGACUCUCAAACCAUGACAAACAAGAUUCUCUAGACUGAUGAAACCAAGAUUGAACUCUUUGGCCUGAAUGCCAAGCGUCACGUCUGGAGGAAACCUGGCACCAUCCCUACGGUGAAGCAUGGUGGUGGCAGCAUCAUGCUGUGGGGAUGUUUUUCAGCGGCUGGGACUGGGAGACUAGUCAAGAUCGAGGCAAAGAUGAACGGAGCAAAGUACAGGGAGAUCCUUGAUGAAAACCUGCUCCAGAGCGCUCAGAACCUCAGACUGGGGCGAAUGUUCACCUUCCAACAGGACAACAACCCUAAGCACACAGCCAAGACAACGCAGGAGUGGCUUCGGGACAAGUCUCUGAAUGUCCUUGAGUGUCCCAGCCAGAGCCCGGACUUGAACCCGAAAAUAGCUGUGCAGCAAUGCUCCCAAUCCAACCUGACAGAACAGAAUGGGAGAAACUCCCCAAAUACAGGUGUGCCAAGCUUGUAGCGUCAUACCCAAGAAGACCCGAGGCUGUAAUCGCUGCCAAAGGUGCUUCAACAAAGUACUGAGUAAAGGGUCUGAAUACUUAUGAAAAUAUGAUAUUUCCAUUUUUUUAUUUUUAAUAAAUUAGCAAUCAUUUCUUGAUGAGGAAAAAUAGCAAUUUAAUCAAUUUCAGAAUAAGGCUGUAACGUAACAAAAUGUGGAAAAAGUCUAGGGGUCUGAAUACUUUCCGAAGGCACUGUAUGUGUGGUAUGAUUGCUAGUUAAUAAUAAUAAUAAUAAGCCAUUUAGCAGACGCUUUUAUCCAAAGCGACUUACAGUCGUGCGUGCAUAAAUUUUUUUUUUGUGUGUAUUGCAGAUCUGGACCAACGAUCCACCUACCACUAUUGUCACUAUGGUUAGAGGGCAGGAUAGACAGUUGACUGGUCGACCAUAUUGACCUGUCAUAUAGUAAGCGCGUGGAAAAGCGUAGUGCAUAAGGGAAGUAUCAAAACACCUUGAUGCAGAUGAGGAAAUGUUUCUAUAUGGAAGACAUUAAAUAAUAUAACCUGAAAAAAUGGUUAAUGUGUAUCAGGGAAAAAGUGCACUACCCUCCCAAAUGCAAAAAAAAAGUUAGACAACCGUCCCCUAUUUUGGACCAGCCCCCCGACCCCAGUACAUUUCAAACUGUCCCUAAUCUCAAGUUAGAACUUGGCCUUGAUGUGUUUAUUGACGGGGAUUUCGUGUGAGUUCAUGUGAGGACACAAGCUUCAACGGGUAUCAAAGGUCCUUUCACAGAGAGGAAAAUGAUGUGGGCACACACACACACACACGCACCCACACACACUGAAACACAUCCACGUACUCUGGAUCAGUUGUGUCAGCUAUCCACACACAGAGGCCACACUUACGAAGCUGAGGAGAGAAACCUUAGUUCUCCCACCCUGUAAUCAGAGAGAAAACAACAGGGAGCUCUAGAAUAACAGGAAAUAAGACCCGAACCAAGAGGGAGAGGAAAAGUGAGAGUAUCUGUGUGUGUGUAACCAGAACCGGCUCAAAAACAAACAAGAUAACUUAACCGGCUCAAAUUGUAGAGCAUGGCAAAUGUCCAGAGUGAAGUUUCGACACAACUUUUUGCUACUCACAUGGACGCCAACGUUGCUCUUCUCUAAGCACUUGUUCACACUUCUGUUUGCUUUACACUGCAAGGUGCAGUUCAGCAACUGGACAAAUAUCAAAUACAGUACCUCAUGAAGAGACGCUUUGUAAGCUCCAUUCAUACACAAUACACACACUCAGCUAUGUGCGUGUGUCUCUCCGUUCUGGGUAAAGCGUGUAUGUGUGUCAGUUCUGGAUGAGACUGGCUGAUCGGAGUGUCGGUUUGGUGUGUGGUUUUAAGGGUGUGCCUCACCCCACAACCCAUUCCUUUACUACUGAAUACCUAGCUCUAGUCACCCCACCAUGGGGACGUGUGUUUGUGUGAGCCCAGCAUUCUUUCCUGGACCAUAUCUUCCAUCUCUGAAGAACUCAUCCACUCCCUCCAUUACGCGUCCCUCCCUCAGUAGCACGGCUGUAUAUCAGUCUACGACUGCGGCUCCCGCUGGUAUGCACUCUGUACUAAAUCACCGUCUAAAUCAUAGUCGUCCACUGACACCGUAUUAUUUUCUAUACGUUAGACGUGUUGGAGAUUAUCGUCAUGAUUUAUGCACCUCCCCACCCCUACUCCACACACAAGGCCUGAAUGAAGUCUAGAGUUCAAUUAUCUUUUCAUCGUAUAUGGUGGAUACAAUUCACAAUGGUUUAUCAGCAGUCAUACAAUAACCAAACACACAUAGAGGGGACUGGGUUUGUUUGAGCGGAUAUUCAUUCUAAUCUGUUCAAAGCUGUAGGCUAUAUUUAAAACCUCCCAACCCAGGAAGUACAAGGAAAAAGAGGGAGAGGACAAAGAAGAGGGGGAGGGGUGAAGGAUUUAGUAGAAAUAUUAUGCAACACCUCUUCAGAUCUCAUGUGUUUAACAAGCAGUAAGCACACUCAGUCUGUACAAUACCUCGGGCCAUAUGACCGAGCGUAUGCCCAAAAAACGGAGAUGAAUAUUUGCUUUGUUGUGUCUGUUUACAUAAACAAAUAAUGCAGUAAUUUCAGUCAUGUUGCCUCGUGGAUUUACAAAGGCACACAAAAUGGACGGGGAGAAAACUCGUUUUUAGCGCAGGACUAGAUCUCGAAGAGAAGCAGCAGAAUAGAUGUAAAUGAAUUCUUGUUUUGUCUUCAAAGCUUGUUUUCUGGUACCACGCCACCGCAACCCCAGUUUCCCAGAAGAGCAUCUGCCUUCCCAGUAAAACUCUGUGUGCAUCAAUGCUACAGUGUCUCUUAAAUACUCACUCCCUCACAUAUACAUACAUACUGUACAUACACACACACACACACACUUUCUCUUUCACACAGAUACACACACGCAUUUGGACCCACUUGACCUCCAACACACCCACUCGCAUUCACAUAAAACGCUCAUAAAAAGAGAACAGUACAGAGCGAAACACACCUGCACUACCUCUCAUACAUGCAGACAUACACACAUCGCUGUCUUGUUGAUUAACCCAGGCCAGGAGAGGGUGUCUCCUUACGGUGCUGAAGGAGGCCAGCGAUCACGGGAGGAAUUUCAGUGGGAUUACCUAGCGACCGCUUCCCAGAAUGCCUCAGUCAGCGCCUGGAAACGGCUUUCCCAGAAGCCUGAUUAGAGGAAAGUGGCAAAGUGCCAGCCAGCCAGAAUCCAUCCACAGGCCGCGCUUCAGCUAGGACAUACACACACAGUAAUUAAAUCACACACUCUGAGAGACACAUAUUAAAUCAUACAUGAUUCCACGUAUUUUCAACCACCCACACACACACAAAUACACUCAUACAUUUGCAUCAUUUACGUAUACACACAUCACAAUCACACACAUACCCUAACCUCACAGAGACAGACAGACAAUCGGUGACAAUCCUCAGUCCAAUCCUGUCUCUCUCUGUGCCUUGUGGGGUUCAAUGAUAGGGUACACCAUGACACUAAACACUAAUAAGAGUAUUUAUUAUGAAGAAUCCCUAUCCCCUGGGUAAGAGUAUUGGUAGUCUAGUGUGUACACAGAAACACAGUCAAGCGCAUUAGCCAGGUAUGUUUACAUGUGAUGUGCGUUAGUUGCGAUGGUGAUGCCAAAUGCAUACUGUAACUGAACCUAUAGCGUAAUCACAUGUACUGUUGCCAUAUAAUGAUUCCCGGUAGGCACACUGCACCUACUUUUUUCACAGGCAUGGAUGACCAAAUGUGAUAUCUUGUGCAUGACGCCUCUGAUGAUGCCAGACCCAUAUCAAGUAGUGUAUUUAAAUGUACCUAGGCUAAUUCCCUGUAGAUGAGUGGCUAGCCUGAACUAGGUUAGAUGGACCCGGGCCAUGUUGAGGUACCUGAUACCAUAAGGCUUUCCCUAUGCAGUAUGUGGCAGUGGAUUUCACUGAGAUGGGACACAGAGAUUACCCUCCCUCCUUUUUCCCCCUGCCCUCUCUUUCUCCUCCCUUUUAGAGAUAAACAAUAUAUUAAUGCUGGAUGUGAGUUUGGCCAGUCAUGAAUCGGUUCAUACUGUGUUCUCUUUCCUGUCGCCCUGUCUCUCCCUUCCCUCAUGUUCUCUCUCUCUUCCUAAUCACUUUCAUAUCCUCUGUCUCCUUCCCACUUUCCCUCCACUUCAUGUGUCUUGGUUUUGGCAUUCACCAACCCCAUUGUUCUUCCAAACCUUUCCCUUCUUUCUCUCUCUUUCCUUCUGUUCUUUGUGUACAAGGCAGACUCAAGCAUGCCUUCUUCCCACUCCUUCCUUUCUCUCCCUGUUCAGAGGAUCGCGGGCUCUGAAGGAUCUAAGCCUAUGAGGUGAGAUUUAUUGAGAUUUAAAUUGGACGUCAGUAAAAACCUGUUUGUUGGCUUCCAGACAAGCUCUCGCUUUAAUUGGUGCGUCUGUCGGCUCCUGGCCUGAUUCCCUGACCCCGAGGGAAAAGGGAAAAGAGAGAGGGGGAUGAAUAGAGGGAGGAAGAGAACAGUGGCUGUGUGUUAGACACGGUUGGCUCAGCGUGCAAUUACGUCCUCCUCUGUUUAAAUCCCAACGGUAUGUUUUCUCCGAAUUAGUCAGCUUUCCAACUCACGUUUUAUUAUCCUGAUAGGUUUCAGGGAAGAGUUCCUUCUGUAUCUGGAAAAGACUCAGAUUAACUACUAUCAGAUUAGUGAUCCAGCUGAAUGAGUUCGGUUGAUUGUGCAGUACAGACGACUCCUGAUAAGUGUGCUUGCCUUCGGAUAAAUACAAAACUCAGUUUUACAGUCCCAAUUCAAUUACAUUCUUUUUUUUAUUUUCUCUUAAAAUGUUCUCCUGGAAUCUGCAUGGCCCAGUUAAGUCUGUGCGACCACAACAGUCCCAAGAAUGUGUAUUAGUAUCUAUGAAUUGUUGUUUAGGCUACACCCAAACACACCCUAUCUUCACAGAGCGUGACAGAUGGUGACAAUCCUCAGUCCAAUCCUCUGGUUCUCCCAUGUGGGUGGGGGUCGAUGAUAGGGUACGCCAUGAUACUAAACACUAAUAAGAGUAUUAUAAAGAGGGCCUCCCGAGUGGCGCAGCGGUCUAAGGCACUAGAGGCAUCACUACAGACCCGGGUUUGAUCCCGGGCGGUAUCACAACUGGCCGUGAUUGGGAGUCCCAUAGGGCAGCGCACAAUUGGCCCAGCGUCGUCCGGGUUAGGGGAGGGUUUGGCCAGGGGGGCUUUACUUGGCUCAUUGCGCUCUAGCGACUCCUUGUGGCGGGCUGGGCGCCUGCAGGCAGACCUCGGUCAUGAGGUGAACAGUUUUUCCUCAGAUAUAUUGGUGCGGCUGGCUUCCAGGUUAAGCAGACGGGUGUUAAGAAGUGCAGUUUGGCAGGUCAUGUUUCGGAGGACGCGUGACUCGACCUUCGCCUCCCGAGCACGUUGGGGAGUUGCAGUGAUGAGACAAGAUCAAAAAAGGGGGCAAAAAUAUAUAUAAUUAUAAAGAAUCCCUAUCCCCUGGGUAAGAGUAUUAGUAGUCUAGUGUGUACGCUAUACAUUGCACUUAGCAUAGGCUACAAAAACACAGACAAGCACAUUAGCCAGGUAUUAGUAGUAUCUAUUUCUUCUCAAUUGUAUGUUGUGUCAUGCCUGUGUUUUCUGAUUGAAAUAGGAAAGGGGUGAAUUAUACAAGAAGAGAAUAUUCCAUAUAGUGCCAUAGCGUGAGGAAGAAGGGAAUCUCUUAGUGAGCUCUUAAACUUGACAACACACACCACAGGGAGAACCACGUCUCAGAGAGCACUGUUUUACACUCCCACAUUUCCACCUCGCAUGAACUAACACACACACACACACACAUUGACUGACGGGCUCAUAUGCAUAAUUGAUCCUGCAUUCUCUCACACAGACAUACAGUACUGUACAUAAAUAACGUCCUCACACACACUCAGACAAGAACGAUCACACACACAAAUCCAAACUUAUGCAAAGGUGACAAAUGCAUGAGACCACACACCAACAUCCACAAACACACAACACACACACACACUCAUUUACAGAUUUUGUAACUGGAGGAGAUCUAUUGUUGAUGCUGUGUGUCAGUGGGUCACACAGCUCAGAAUUUAUAGAAACCCUAACCUCAGAGCAUCUGAAGAAGGUCAAUUUUGAGGCAGUGCACUUACAGCAGGGGAGAAGGUGUGUGUGUGUGUGUGUGUGUGUGUGUGUGUGUGUGUGUGUGUGUGUGAAAUACGGCAGCAGAGAAGCAAGAAAAGGAAGAGAAAGAAUUGACCAGUAGCCCUUAUUCUCAGAAGCAGCAUAGGCCUACCCCAGCCUGCCUCAGCCCCAUGGGCAAAUUACAGGUAUUAUGUGGGGCGGCAGGUAGCUUAGUGGUUAAGAGCGUUGUGCCAGUAACCGAAAGGUCGCUGGUUCUAAUCCCCGAGCCGACUAGGUGAAAAAUCUGUCGAUGUGCCCUUGAGCAAGGCACUUAACCCUAAUUGCUCCUGUAAGUCGCUCUGGAUAAGAGCGUCUGCUAAAUGACUAAUUAUUUAUUUAUUAUUUAUGUGGAGUUAUUGGAAGCAGCUGUCUCUAAGCAGAGGGAUUUCUCCACUGGGUCGGGGUGAGAGUUGUCUUCUCGCUCUCUCUCUUAGGAGGAGGCUGGACCCAUGCUGCCCUGGCUGCCGACGGACCUCCUUCCCCCGGCUGAGUUCCCUGAACUGGGAACGCCAUAUGGAAAUCUGGAGCUACUGGGGGAUUGUAAGUGGCCCACUGAUGAAUCCAUACCUCACUGGCCUUUCUGUGAGGUGACCCGCAGGAUUAGUCCUGUGGAAUAUGUAAUUAUGACAUAACCACCGCCACAUAACGUCUCAGUCAGGAGCGCUGAUUGGAUGCCUAAUGAGCUGUCUUAGGCCCAGACAUUGGUUGGAAUCCAUUGAUUGAGUUUCACAAUAGCUUACAAUUCCCAUUACAGUGCAAUGCUGUUCCUGUAUUACGUUCGUUUCGUCACAGAAAGUAACACUUUAUAAGGUGGGCUAUAACUACUGUUAAGUGCCUUGAAAUGUGUAGUCUGCCCUGGCUAUGAAAUAGGCCAUUAGGACUGGAAGGAACCUGCAUCAUCUGAGAUCAAUUUCAAAGUGUCCUUUGUGAUUCACUCAUUCAGGCCCUGGUUUGUGCUGGAAAUACAUGUAGCCUACAAAGGGAAUAGUGGAUAAGAGUUUCAUUUGAAAAAAAAUUGGCUAAUGUUGCAGACCUAAUGUUAUCUCUCUCACAUAUAAGGCCUAUCAUCACAGUUAAACAGGUGAUUAAUUAGGAUCUCAAUGUAAGCCUAUGUAUAUUAUAAUAACGUUUUUUAUGGUAAACUGGGAGAGUAGGCUACAUCUGUCACAUGGGUGAACAGAUCUUUAGGCCAAGGCCUGUGUGUGUGUGCGUGUGUGUGUGUGUGUGUGUGUGUGUGUGUGUGUGUGUGUGUGUGUGUGUGUGUGUCUAGCCUAACCUGGACAGCUACUCUAAUCGAUGUUCCAUUUCAGACACUGUGAUGGUCGACAACUUCCUAGAACAGCACUAGAAUGAAAAAAACAUUUGAAAACUCCUUGGAAUCUCAGAACGAGGCAAUCGUUCCCGUAUUGAUCUUUCCACAAAGGGAGAGUCCCAGGAUGUGGUCAUUACUGUUGCCGUGGUGACUGCAUCGCUCCAUGGCUGGGUGGAUAGGUAUUGGAAAUUACAAAAGUGUGGGGGGGUGGUUGUGAGGGCUGGUGGAUAGCCAGACUGGCUUUGGGUUGCAGCUGUAUGGGUACCGAGCUGUACUGUGCUGGCCUAGUUAAACAUCCACCAUAGUUGCUGGAACAGUGCAGGAAAGGUCAUUGUGAAAAGAAACUCUCUGAGCCAGCAUGGUACGGUUCAGGUCUUUAUGAUAGUGUGAAAAGGGUCCUAGUAGAGUACAGAUUCAAGGCCGUAUGAAAUCACACAGCCGAAGACAAGUGUGAUGUAUCAUGAAGGCUGCCCAUUAAGGAUUCCUUUCUCACAAAGGCACAUUUAUCAUCUAAUGUUAUGGAGCCUCCCUAAGAAGCCUACUGGUCAUGUGUGUGUCGUUUCAUUCCUAUGAUUGGCUGAGCUGUUGUCUAAACAGUACACAGGAUGUGAUAUCACUUGAUUGGUAUCAGGUGAAGGUUAACUUGGCCGUUAAUGACAUCUGAGCUGCGGCUUAGAAUAUACAAAUGUCCAAGUGCUUUGAUCACUUGGACAUGCCCCUAGGGACUUCACAUACUGUAGGGGUGAGGGGCAAAGAUAUGCUUUAUUGUCCAUUAACUUGCAGAGAACAGAAAUGUGCCUUUAUACUCAACCAAACCCCCCGACACACACACACACCCUGAGGGGCUUGAGCAAUGGGUCAGCUGCAGUGCAGUGCCCCUAGAGCAAUUGUAGGUGGUUAAGUCCCUUGCUCAAGGGCACAAUGGCAUGGAUGAUGUCAGCAACCCUGCUGUUGCCGGCUCACUCUAAGCCCGAUUUUCCCGUCGGAGCUGGGAUUCGCACCGGCAACCCUCCUGUUGCUGGCCCGCUUCUCUAACCACUAAGCUACCUGCCACCCCUAGGGUCCAUUUGGAAUGGGGCAUCAGUUGGCUAUUUGUGGAGUCCCUAUAGGACCUUGUGAGUGUUAGAUUACAGUGAGCUAUAAUGACCCAAAAUCUAGAGCUGAGAAAGAUGCCUUUUUUAUUAUUAGGAUCCCAUUAGAUAUAGCCAAAGCAGCAGCUACUCUACCUGGUGUCCACACAAAACAUAAAACACCACAUAAUACAGAACAUUAAUAGACAAUUACAACUAAAGGACAGAACUACAUAAAAGGGCAUAAUACAUAACAUUAUUAAUAGACAGAUACAAAACUACAUAAAUGAACAUUUUAAAAUGCAAUGGGCCCAUUCUCAACUUUAAAGGCAUCCUCCAGUGAUUUUGUUUGACUUUUCCUGUUGAAAAGCGAUAAAUACAGUGAAGUACACACACUAAAGGCUAAAAAAUGUUUUUUUAGACACAACUGCAAACUUCAAGGAGUAGGGCAUUCAAGGAGUUGGUGUGAUGGUGACUUUGUGAUGUCAUCGGCCUCCACACUUGCUUGAUGAAGAAUAGAGGAACAAAAGAGCUCCUUCUGAGCUUUGGUGCAGAAUGUUUACUGCUAUGGUCAUUCAUUGUAUCGAAUAGAUGGAAAGGAAAUCCCAGAAGAUUGAAUUGGUAGUAGCAACAGCAGAGAAGUGUUUGUGUGUCAGAGAUUUUAGGGCAGAAUAACUACAGGGGGUUUUGAGAGAAGGGGUUCCAGCCUCCAAUGCUGAUGGCCUGGUGUAUGAUCUGUUGGGGCCGAAGUAGUGGGAAGGGGUGUUGAGGAUGGUGUUGUGUGUGUGUGUGUGUGUGUGUGUGUGUAUAUAUAUAUAUAUAUAUAUAUAUAUAUAUAUAUAUAUAUAUAUAUAUAUAUGGUUAGAUUAUGGUGACAUUUUCUUUUUCCCCAUUUCCCUUUUCCCUUUUUUUGUGAACAAAUGUGCAACGCACUUUCCGAACUGUGAAAAGCAGCAAUACAGCAACAAAGCAUCUAGUCUGCCAGAAAACCACAGGAAGACGAAGAAGAAGCUGGAGACUGGAGAAGCACUUUAAGUCCUGAUUUAACAUGAGGAAGAUAGAAGUACCAGAGCCUUACAGAGGCUACUUGCGUUUGGGAUCUAUUAUUACUGGUAUUAGAUCGCCAUCUUCUGGUCCAAAGUUAAAAACCUUUACAGAGGUUUCUGCUGCAGUAUACACAGCAGGGACAGUUGAAUGUGUGUGAGUGUACACCAGGGGUGUCAAACUCAUUUUAGCUCAGGGGCCACAUGGAGGAAAAUCUAUUCCCAAGUGGGCCGGACCGGAAAAAUCAUGGUAUAUAUAACUUAAAAACAACAACUUCAGAUUGUUUUCUUUGUUUUAAUACGAUCAACAUACAACAUAAAGCUGGAGCCUGAGGACAGUGUGUCCAAAAUAGUACAAGCACAACAUCACUAUUAAUCAUAAAACACGUCAAGUUAUUUGAAAAUUCUAAAGAAAAAGAACACACAAACACACAAUGCCUCAGUGAUUAACAGAACUGUUUCACAGAUCACAGAACUAUAUCAGGGUGUCAUUUCUCAGGCAGAAAUGUAGAUAAAAAUAAUGAAAUCCUGUUCCCCAAACAAGUGCAAGAACCACAGAGUCAAGAAUAGGUUAAAUAUACAAAUAAAAUAAAAACAAUUAAAAACAAUAGCACAUCAACAUAAAAACAUAUAAACAUAAAUCUGAAAGCGUUGCUCAAACUCCCGUAACAGUCCCGUUAUUUUAUCUUUGAACCGCUUCAUGUCUGCCACAUGUUGGGUCGCGCACACAUUUUUCAGACAGGGGAAGUGAGCUGCAUCACCACCGGCAAGUUGUGUCUCCCACAAUGACAGCUUCAACUUGAAAGAACGUAUGCUGUCAUAAGAACGUGGUCCUCUGUAGCUCAGCUGGUAGAGCACGGCGCUUGUAACGCCAAGGUAGUGGGUUCGAUCCCCGGGACCACCCAUACACAAAAAAAUGUAUGCACGCAUGACUGUAAGUCGCUUUGGAUAAAAGCGUCUCCUAAAUGGCAUAUUAUAUUAUUAUUAUUAUUAUUAUAAUACUGCGUGACAACUUUGUUGCGCCCUUGCAGCUGUUUGUUCAAGUUAUUCAGGUGCUCUGUAACAUCCACCAUAAAUUCAAGGUCCUGCAUCCAUUCUGCGGAAUGAAAUUCUAACACUGGUUUGCCCUUUUCUUCCAUGAACUGUUCAAUUUCUUCUCGUAAAUCAAAGAAACGCCUCAGCACAGCACCUCGGCUUAACCAUCUUACCUCAGUGUGGUAUCUGUGCAUUCCGUAUCUGAGUUCCACGAAAUGCUCCAUUCUGUUCACACGUUGUGCCGUAAGCAUGCAAACACACACACACACACACACACACACACAAGUGUAUGGGUUGUGGUGAAAUCAGAUACUGUCUGUUUUCUGCACGCACGUGUGAGUAAUGGAUCACAUGAUUGUGCCCAGGGGGCAGUAGUAGUAGUAGAUUUCAAACCAUCCAUCAUAAUUACAUACAGUAUAUCUACUGUUUUUCCUUUAUUAACACUGGUUCAUUAAAUCAAUUAACAGAGCAGAUUUAAAAGAGCUUCAACGCCAUACAACACUCCUUCCGUAGCCUCCAACUGCUCUUAAACACUAGUAAAACUAAAUGCAUGCUCUUCAACCGAACGCUGCUUGCACCGCCCACCCGACUAGAAUCACUACUCUCGGCUGGUCUGACCUAGAGUAUGUGGACAACUACAAAUACCUAGGUGUCUGGUUAGACUGUAAACUCUCCUUCCAGACUCACAUUAAGCAUCUCCAAUCAAAAGUUAGAUCUAGAAUCGGCUUCCUAUUUCGCAACAAAGCCUCCUUCACUCAUGCAGCCAAACAUGCCCUCGUAAAACUGACUAUCCUACCGAUCCUUGACUUCGGCGAUGUCAUUUACAAAAUAGCCUCCAACACUCACGCAAAUUGGAUGUAGUAUAUCACAGUGCCAUCCGUUUUGUCACCAAAGCCCCAUAUACUACCCACCAUUGUGACCUGUACGCUCUUGUUGGCUGGCCCUCACUACAUAUUCCUCGCCAAACCCACUGGCUCCAGGUCAUCUAUAAAUCACUGCUAGGCAAAUCCCCGUCUUAUCUUAGCUCACUGGUCACCAUAGCAUCACCCACCCGUAGUCUGCGCUCCAGCAGGUAUAUCUCACUGGUCAUCCCCAAAGCCAACACCUCCUUUGGCCGCCAUUCCUUCCAGUUCUCUGCUGCCAAUGACUGGAACGAACUGCAAAAAUCUCUGAAGCUGGAGACUCUUAUCUCCCUCACUAACUUUAAGCGUCAGUUGUCAGAGCAGUUUACCGAUCACUGCACCUGUACACAGCCAUUCUGAAAUUAGCCCACCCAACUACCUCAUCCCCAUAUUGUUAUUUACUUUGCUAAUUUGCACCCCAGUAUCUCUAUUUGCACAUCAUCUUUUGCACAUCUAUCAUUCCAGUGUUAAUACGAAAUUGUAACUAUUUUGCGCUAUGGCCUAUUUAUUGCCUUACCUCCAUAACUUACUACAUUCGCACACACUGUAUAUAUAUUUUCUGUUGUAUUUUUGACUUUAUGUUUUGUUUUACCUCAUAUGUAACUCUGUGUUGUUGUUUUUUAUCGCACUGCUUUGCUUUAUCUUGGCCAGGUCGCAGUUGUAAAUGAGAACUUGUUUUCAACUGGCUUACCUGGUUAAAUAAAGGUGAAAAAAAAUACAAAAAAUAAAUAAAUAAACCACCAAAACUCAAAAGCAAGCCUAGGGCCACAGAAAUAUUGAAAUUGAUUUAGUUUUACUUCUGUCUUUAUUCAAAAUCUUGUCUGUGCAUUCUGUUUGUCAGGAGCCAGUGAUCUUCUCCAUAGUGCCCAGUGUUCUGUCCUUCCAUGGGAGAAACCACGCCCUGAUGACUGGGAAGAACCUCGAUCACGUGACUAGGGUUCGCAUCCAAGGGCACAUGAACUGCAGUCCCAAGGAGUGAGUCAAAUUAUAUUUAUAAUUGACUUUAAAUUUUCCUGUAGCUCCUCAUGUAUGUACCCCACCGAAACCCAACUCCAAGGCUAUAUCACUUUGGUUUGUUGGAAUAGGAGUUUAGGUGUUAAUAUUAGCAUAUUAUGGCUUUGGUCUGACCUGUAAUGACCUGUGUGUUGUGUGUGUUUCGCAUGGUCAGGUCUCCUGUGUGGAACCACACUGGGUCCAGUCUGACGUUCCACAUCCCCAGUGGAGACAAAGGUUCUGUCAGUGUGUGUGCCGUGCUGCCAGAUGGUCGCUGUCUGGGCAAGGCCACUGUCACCUAUAUGUCCUCACCAUCCUGCACUGGGCUAACGCCAAGCACUACCUGGUAUAGGUAAAAACACACACACACACACGUAAGUAAGCACAUAUGCAUGCACACCCACACAUAUACACACAUACAUAUGUCUACCUGUUCAAGCCCACACAUCAAAUUGCAUUUCUAUAGCAAUUCACACAAGUAUAAGAUCCAACAACAUGGGUUCACCUUUGUGAACAAGCUAUACAGAGGUUAAGAAGCAUGCCUGUAACUAUUUUCAAUAAAUGGCUACUGACUAUGGUGUUGUCUGAUGGGGAAAGAAAGUGGCAAGCAAUUUUUUUAUGGACAGUGUCAUUUUUUGGGUGUUACAACUUUUUCCAUGAUGCAUCUUUGUUUUCCACUGGCUUAUUCAAAUAAUGUGGUUUAGACAUGACUACACUUCCCAUCAAUACUCUAAGUAUGACCAACAAACCUCCUCUGAUUGGUUGAUUUCCUGUGGGUCCUGCAGUGGGAAAAGGAGGAUCAUGGUCCUGGGGUCCCAUCUGGAGUUUGUGGAGGGGGUUGUUCAUGACCACGCCCCUCAGACUAUCAGGACCAACUACAGCUCAGGGGUAGGCAUCUUAACACACUGAUUUAAUUGAUAUCUUGACUAAGCAUCAGGUCUUCACCCACUCUCACUUAACCAGUCAGUAACCUAAUAUGAACAUGCACACUGCCACACCUCACCAAACUUUCACCUUCACACAACACAGAAAUCAGUCAUGGUGGCCUCAAUAUCUAAGGUAUUCUAAUUCAUGUUGGUGUUUUUAGUCUCUGUGGUACCACACACCUCCUUUUGAACACAUUCACCAGCCAGUCACCUCCACUGUGUCUCUGAGAGUGGCCAAUCAGACACUGGCCUGCUCAUCACAGCUCACCUACCAUCCCGAUCCAGAAUUCACCAGGUACACUGCAAUCAAGACAGGAAAAGACCUGCGUGUCACCAUUAGAGGUAUACACACAUACACAUGCAUGGAGGCACGGAUAAACACGCAUACGUACUUAGUACGCGCACACACUCUCUCUCUCUCUCUCUCUCUCUCAUUCAUACAUACACAUAUUCUAUUUCUUUUUUUUAUUUCAGAAAAAGGCUGACAAGUUGGACAUCACCACAGCAGAGAUCUCAGUGUUGGGUGUUCAGGAGGAGAACCAGUACUUUUUUUUUUUUUUUUUUGUCAUUUAGCAGACGCUCUUAUCCAGAGCGACUUACAGUUAAGUGAGUGCAUACAUAAUUUUUUAUACCCCUGUGGGAAUCGAACCCACAACCCUGGCGUUGCAAACGCCAUGCUCUACCAACUGAGCUACAUCCCUGCCGGCCAUUCCCUCCCCUACCCUGGACGACGCUGGGCCAAUUGUGCGCCGCCCCAUGUGUCUCCCGGUCGCAGCCGGCUAUGACAGAGCCUGGAUUCGAACCAGGAUCUCUAGUGAGGACCCUGGGUAUGUAGAGUGUGUCAUGGACCCCAACGAGACGAGCAACAGGACUGACUCUGUCAUCUGUGAGAUAAAGAACACUCCCAGCGCUAACAUCAAGUCACUGAGGGUAAAAAAUAUUAUUCAGAUGAAUCCAUAAAGUACCUCAACCCACCAUUUUAUUAGUUUCUCUGGAACACUGUCCUUGGAACAAUAAUCAUUCAUUAUGUUGUCUUUGUUCAUCAGAUAAGAGUUGGCAAUGUCACAAUAAACCUUGAUUCAACACACACUGUACUGCUAAACCUCUUUCUGCUAAUAGCCAUCAUCAUUAUAGUCAUCGUUGGUAAGUAUUCCUUAAUUCAGCUUCAUUCUUAUGGUUUUCUGUAGCUUUGAUAUUUGGUUACUUAUGUAAGAUAUACUAUUGAAUAAGGCUCCUAGUUUUAGGUAUGGUGUGGUGGUGUGUGUGUCUGUGGUUGUGUGCCUGUGUGGGUGUGCGUGUGGGUGUGUGUUGCCACUCACCACACCUGUCCCCACUCUGCUGAUUAGCACCACUACACUAUUUAAGCAACAGUUUUUCCCUCCAGUAUUCCUUAUCCUGCUGGGGAUUGCAAUGGCCAACCUAAUUUAUCAUUUCCUUGAGCUGCGUGACUUACAACGUGAGUACCUUUUAUUUUGGGGGGAAUAUGUAAUGAUCUUUUGAGUUUGACAAAGUUUGUAUGCUGCUGUCAUUUUCCUUAGUACAUUUUCACUUUGUUUUGGUUGAUUCAGAUUCUUUUGUGAAAUUAAUGGUAAAUUAUGUACCGUGUCAUGUUGGAGUCCCUUUUUUUUGUAAAUAAGAAUAGAAUGUUUCUAAACCCUUCUACAUUAAUGUGGAUGCUAUCAUGAUUACGGAUAAUCCUGAAUGAAUCGUGAAUAAUGAUGAGGGAGAAAGUUAUAGACGCACAAAUACACAUGACCAACAGUAUGUGGACACCUGCUCAUCGAAAAUGUAUAUUUUGGAAUGAGAUGAAUAUGGAGUUGGUCCCCCCCUUUACUGCUAUAACAGCCUCCACUCUUCUGGGAAGGCUUUUCACUAGAUUUUGGAACAUUGCUGCAGGGACUUGCUUCCAUUCAGCCACGAGCAUUAGUGAGGUUGGGCACUGAUGUUGGGUGAUAAGGCCUGGCUCGCAGUCUGCGUUCCAAUUCAUCCCAAAGGUGUUCGAUGGGGUUGUGGUCAGGGCUCUGGGCAGGCCAGUCAAGUUCUUCCUCACUGAUCUCGACAAACCAUUUCUGUAUGGACCUCGCUUUGUGCAUGGGGGCAUUGUCAUGCUGAAACAGGAAAGGUCCUUCCCCAAACUGAUGUCACAAAGUUGGAAGCACAGAAUCGUCUAGAAUGUCAUUGUAUGCUGUAGCAUUAAGAUUUUCCUUCACUGGAACUAAGGGGCCUAGCCCGAACCAUGAAAAACAGCCCCAGACAAUUAUUCCUCCUCCACCAAGCUUUACAGUUGGCGCUAUGCAUUCGGGCAGGUAGCGUUCUCCUGGCAUCCGCCAAACCCAGAUUAGUCUGUCAGACUGCCAGAUGGUGAAGCGUGAUUCCUCACUCCAGAGAAUGCGUUUCCAGAAUCCAAUGGCGGCGAGCUUUACAACACUUCAGCGUUCUGUGAGCUUGUGUGGCCUACGACUUCGUGUCUGAGACGUUGUUGCUUCUAGACGUUUUCACUUCACAAUAACAGCACUUACAAUUGACCGGGGCAGCUCUAGCAGGGCAGAAAUUUGACAAACUGACUUGUUGGAAAGGUGGCAUCCUAUGACGGUGCCACUUGAAAGUCACUGAGCUCUUCAGUAAGGCCAUUCUACUGCCAAUGUUUGUCUAUGGAGAUUGCAUGGCUGGGUGCUUGAUUUUUAUACACCUGUCAGCAACGGGUGUGGCUGAAAUAGCCGAAUCCACUAACUUGAAGGGGUGUCCACAUACUUAUGUAUGUGUAUAUAUAUACUGCUAAAAAAUUAAGGGAACACUUAAACAACACAAUGUAACUCCAAGUCAAUCACAUUUCUGUGAAAUCAAACUGUCCACUUAGGAAGCAACACUGAUUGACAAUAAAUGUCACAUGCUGUUGUGCAAAUGGAAUAGACAACAGGUGGAAAUUAUAGGCAAUUAGCAAGACACCCCCCAAUAAAGGACUGGUUUUGCAGGUGGUGACCACAGACCACUUCUCAGUUCCUAUGCUUCCUGGCUGAUGUUUUGGUCACUUUUGAAUGCUGGCGGUGCUUUCACUCUAGUGGUAGCAUGAGACGGAGUCUACAACACACACAAGUGGCUCAGGUAGUGCAGCUCAUCCAGGAUGGCACAUCAAUGCGAGCUGUGGCAAGAAGGUUUGCUGUGUCUGUCAGCGUAGUGUCCAGAGCAUGGAGGCGCUACCAGGAGACAGGCCAGUACAUCAGGAGACGUGGAGGAGGCCGUAGGAGGGCAACAACCCAGCAGCAGGACUGCUACCUCCACCUUUGUGCAAGGGGGAGCAGGAGGAGCACUGCCAGAGCCCUGCAAAAUGACCUCCAGCAGUGUCUGCUCAAACGGUCAGAAACAGACUCCAUGAGGGUGGUAUGAGGGCCCGAUGUCCACAGGUAGGGGUUGUGCUUACAGCCCAACACCGUGCAGGACGUUUGGCAUUUACCGAGAUGAGAUCCUCAGACCCCUUGUGAGACCAUAUGCUGGUGCGGUUGGCCCUGGGUUCCUCCUAAUGCAAGACAAUGCUAGACCUCAUGUGGCUGGAGUGUGUCAGCAGUUCCUGCAAGAGGAAGGCAUUGAUGCUAUGGACUGGCCCGCCCGUUCCCCAGACCUGAAUCCAAUUGAGCAAAUCUGGGACAUCAUGUCUCGCUCCAUCCACCAACGCCACGUUGCACCACAGACUGUCCAGGAGUUGGCGGAUGCUUUAGUCCAAGUCUGGGAGGAGAUCCCUCAGGAGACCAUCCGCCACCUCAUCAGGAGCAUGCCCAGGCGUUGUAGGGAGGUCAUACAGGCACGUGGAAGCCACACACACUACUGAGCCUCAUUUUGACUUGUUUUAAGGACAUUACAUCAAAGUUGGAUCAGCCUGUAGUGUAGUUUUCCACUUUAAUUUUGAGGGUCACUCCAAAUCCAGACCUCCAUGGGUUGAUAAAUUUGAUUUCCAUUGAUAAUUUUUGUGUGAUUUUUGUUGUCAGCACAUUCAACUAUGUAAAGAAAAAAGUAUUUAAUAAGAUUAUUUCAUUCAUUCAGAUCUAGGAUGUGUUAUUUUAGUGUUCCCUUUAUUUUUUUGAGCAGUGUAUAUUAGUGUAUCAUACCCCCAAGACAUGCUAACCUCUCAUAUUACCAUAACGGGAGGCUAGCAUUUGUUUGGGGCUAAGAUAUUUGUGCGUCUAACUUUCUCACUCAUAAUUAUUCACUAUUCAUUCAGGAUUAUGGUAGCAUUCACAUUCAUGUAGAAGUGUGCUUGAUGCGGUCAUUGAGUGCUAUGAAUAUGGGAACAAACACUAAACUUUUUACUACUUUAAUACACAUUUUCCCAAUACCUUUGGUCCCCUAAAAUGGGGGGGGGGGGGACUAUGUACAGAAAGUGCUGUAAUUUCUAAACGGUUCACCCGAUAUGGAUGGAAAUACCCUCAAAUUAAAACUGACAGUCUGCACUUUAAACUCAGUCAUUGUUUGAUUUUAAAUCCAAACAUUUGAAGUAUAGAGCAAAAAUAAGAAAAUGCUUCACUGUCCCAAUUACUGAGGGCACUGUAUAUCCUUAGUUUGUUAGUUUUGUUAAUUAUUUUCAGUUUAUUCCCCCUUUUGCUUGAUUUAAUGUGCUAUUAGGUCUGGAAGGAACCUGCAUUAUCUGAGGUCAACAGAAGACUGUCCUUUGAGUCUUUGCGAAUUUGUUGGCAAGGUGGUUGAUCUUACUCCAGCGUAAAUCACCUUCUCCAUCAUUAUUUUUGGAUCAAAGAUGUCUUAAAUGUUUUGAAAUUGGAGAAAAUAAAAUGUACUCUACGGUGAACCUCUUGUAAAUUCAACAGUUAACUGCCUGCACUUGUUUUGCCUGUAAUUUAUAUUAUUGUUUGUAUUAUCCUGACUUAAUAUAAGACUGUGUGCCACUCAUAUAUGUACCUUUUUGUUUUACCAUGUCACCAUAUUAUGUUUUUAUGUAUAAAAUAACAUGCCAAUUCUAAAUCAAUUGCUGUUUGUAUUAAAACUGAAGAAAGUUUCCUUUGUGAUUCCCUCAUUCAGUUUGUGCUAUUUGUAUAUUCAUGUAGCCUACAUAAUAGUGCAUAAGGCUAAUUUGAGAAAAUAAUGUUGCCAUCCUUCAAUGUGUGAAUCAAUCAGACCAUCUGAACUGUUGUCUAAACAUGGUACAAGAUGUGAAACUUGUCGACCAGAGUCUGAGUCAGUUGGCAUAAGCCUUAAAGCCCAAACUGUACAAAUGCCCAAUCAAGCACUUUCCCUUACAUCCAGGUAUUUGUGAAUCCCUAUAGGACAUACCAACUCAGUGGCCUUGUGGUUAGUGUCUGCCCUGAGAUUGGAAGGUUGGGAGUUUGAUCCCCGGCUGAGUCAUACCAAAGACACUCAUAAUUAAUGAGAUCGCUUGGGAAGGCCCUGCGAUAGACUAGAGUCCUGUCCAGGGGGUGUAUGUGUACAUCAAGCUGCCUCACGCUACAGAAACAGGAGAUCCUGCUUCUAUGAGUUGUUCCGGCUCGCAGAAGCCAAGCUCUAUGACCCCCAAUCUAGAGAAAGCUGAGAGGGAUGCCAUGGGCCAUUCUCAACAUUGAUUCCUGUAUCAAGCGUCGCAGAGUACGAGUGCGUCCAUGUAGUCUAAUUCAUUGUGAUCCUAAAGACAAAACUGACCCUUAAUCGGCACUCCUACGCUGAGUAGCUUGAUCCAUAUGGUCCCAGGUGGUUUAACAUGAAGACGAGAGAAGUAUGAGGCCAGUACAGAAGAGAUAAAUACAUGUUGCGCUCCUGAAACCCUGAGCAGUCGACGGAUAGUUGACUUCAAAUUGAACCUGACAGAAGUGAAGAGGAAGAACCUGCGCCGACCGGUGAGGUGAAGGCUUCCGAGCAUCACCCCAAUGAUCAGGAAAAUGCCAGAGAUGACUCUGGCCCAGUGGGAGUACUCUGCACUGACUAUGUUGCACCGGCUCUAUGCACACUUACUGGGCUCUAACCACACACUCGCACUGACGCUCCAACACACACAUACACACACACACACAAAACACACACGCAUAUUGACGCCACACAUACACACUUUCACACUCAGACCCAGUGGCGAGAGCGAGACUAGUAGCAACAGCAGAGAAGUGUUUGUGUGUCAGAGAUUUUAGUGCAGAAGGACUACAGGGGGUUUUGAGAGAAGGGGUUCCAGCUUCCCAUGCCGAUGGCCUGGUGUAUGAUCUGUUGGGGCCGAAGUAGUGGGAAGGGGUAGUGGUGUGUGUGUAUAUGUGUGUAUAUAUAUAUAUAUAUAUAUAUAUAUAUACAGGGUUAGAUUAUGGUGACAUUUCCUUUCCACCUUUUUUUGUGAAAAAAUGUGCAAUGCACUUUCCGAACUGUGAAAGGCAGCAAUACAGCAACAAAGGAUCUAGUCAGACGGAAAACCACAGGAAGAAGAAGCUGGAGACUGGAGUAGCACUUUAAAUCCUGGUUUAACAUGAGGUAGAUAGAAGUACCAUAGCCUCACAGAGGCCACUUGCGUUUGGGAUCUAUUAUUACUGGUAUUAGAUCGCCAUCUUCUGGUCCAAAGUUAAAAACCUUUACAGAGGUUUCUUCUGCAGUAUACACAGAGGGGACAGUUGAAUAUGUGAGUGUACACGUUUCAAAAAGUAUCGUCAUAGUGCAAGAUUUCACUUUUUGUUGCAUGUAUUGUGUGUUGAUUGAUUAAUCGGUAGGCCUGUUUAAAACUAGAACCACAAAAAAUAUAAUACUUUUCUUAGGUGAUUGUCACCUAUCAAAUUUGAACUAAAUCUUAAUUCAACACCUGGUAUGUGAGUAGAUUGUGGUGUACCUCAUUUGUCUAGUACAUUCUAGUGAUAGCGUAGUAGGCCUAACGCAAUAUUUUCACCACCAGGAGGAAGCAAAUGACUUAUCUCAGUAGAGAUUUAAACAGGGAAGUCUGAGCUUCAGAGCAUAACUGCCAGAGGAACUCAAGUUAACCCUAGUUGCAGCAUCCAUCCAGCUUUUACGCAAACCUCCUGUUGAACUUCGGCACAGUACGACAGUGGCAAAGGUUAAAAAGAUCAUGCAUCCAGUACUAGUUCAUAGAGAUUGAUAAAAUUCAUAAAUGUGUUAAAAUCCGUCAAGUGUAAAAGGGUAAAUAUUGUAAGAGGAAUGUGUAAACGUUAUAUUGACUACUUUAUUUUGUGGUGCCUAAUUUAAGGGUAAAAGUGUUAAUCUGUGAUCUACUAAAUGCUCUUAAUCUAUGAGCAUGAGAUCGAUUGCUCUGGUCUCCACCCAACUUUCUGGGGAAAUCGCGGUCUUUUUUCCUCAUUAUACUAAAGUUUUCAGUGAGGAAACAACUGCGUCACUCUCGUGAUUAUUUCUCCCCUUUUUCAGGUACGUUAUUGAUAUAAAACGAGUUAAUUUGAAUGUAAUAACUUGCUAACAUGUCAAGAGAGUUUAAGGUAUGUGUUAGUAACAUCUUGAGUAAGUUAGAGUUAAGUUGAAGAGAGUUAUUAGGUGCGUGUGUGAGUGAAAUCUGCUUGGUUGCAGCGAAGAUUAGCUUCGUACUGAGAGUAGCUGCCAUUUUAUGCUAAUUGUGAAUGAACAUGUGCGCUGUUAAUAAUAUAUUUGGGGUUAUUUGUAUAAUGUGUUUCGAAUACUUUGUUGACAUGGUUGAUAAAUGUAGUUAUGGGUUACUGAGCUAAAGCUACUUUGUGUUUGACAGUUAUAUUGAAACAUUUGUAUAUGUUUUAGUGAAUUACAGUUUAUGCUGUUGUGACUUGAAUAAGCUUUGUACCCUACAAAACUCUGGUUCCUGUAGAUCUGUUGUUCUGUAAAAUGUGGUAUUUUUGUAAAAGGAUUAUACUAAAGUUUUCAGUGAGGAAAUAUAACUGCGUCACUUUCGUGAUUAUUUCUCCCCUUUUUCAGGGGCGUAACAUUUUGGAGGCUCCGCUGAGAUUGCUGCUCAGAUGUCCGGCUUCCACUUCCACAUCCUGGUCGCUGAAUUCCGAGCCAGCUAAAUCCCUACAUAACAACCCAGGCAGGCUGCAGUGAGGAAAGUGUUGCGCAGAAGGGUUUACACCAUGUACCCCUCUCAGGCUUGACUGACUACAUGACAUACGAGAUGAGGGCUGUUUUCUGGGGGGUUCUCCUCGCCUGUGUGGAAUGGGGUCGGGGCCAGGAGACUCAGACAUUUGAUGGAGACGUCCGCGACUUUGCCAUUGGUGACAGCUCGGUAUACGUCGUUACCGAUGACCGACUCUACCAGUUGAACCAUGAUUUUACCAAAGUUACAAACAGGGAUAAUCCUAACCAAGAAGUACCUCCUGAUGAAACGUAUCCAUUUAAGGUAAACAUUUUACUGCCAUUCAUCAAAAACAAGACCUUGAUCACCUGUGGGACCGCAAAAUGCGGCUACUGUGAAAUACUCGAUCUCAACGAAAUCUCAAAAUCUGUGCAUUCCGAGGAUAUUGAAGUGGGUUCAUUGGACCCUGGAGAUUCAACCAUUGCUUUUAUUGUUGAUGUCGGGGAGAACUCCUACAUUAUGGCUGGAAGGUUGCAGAGUCGUGUGCAUAAAGUGUGUCCCAAUUCUGAUCGGUCGCUUGUCCUACGGAAUACACUGGAUAGUCAGAAAGGGGGAAUCUUUUCUGAUUCAGAUGAUAAUGAGAAUCCAUAUAUUUACACCAGACACAAAGAGAACAUUCAGUUUGUGGACGGCUUUCAGAGUAAUUCACACAUCUACGUGUUCUCGAACGUUCCCAAAGAGCCUCAAGUUCGACUUAUUUGGUUCAAGAGCGAGAACAAUAAAGCAACCACUUUGAAGUCCCUCGAAGGUACGACACUCAAAUGCUGUGGAAACAUGGAACGCCGGCGGCUCCUGUCUUCCUCUGUGAUUCCAGGUUCUGGUGGGCCCAAUGGGCAGGUGCUCUGGGCAGGUGUGUUCACGGCAGGUAACACAAGCGACCCCAUCAACACCAUGCUGGCCAUCUAUGACAUCAGCCCCUCAGCAGGGCGUCAACUCGAAUACAAAGACCCAGACUUCUGCUAUCAAGUCUGUGGAGAGGUUGGUGAGAUGAUGAUGAUUUUAUAUAUGGUUUAUAACCAACACCAUAGCAAAGACACUAUCAAUAUUGUUACCCUAAUUUCUUAGCGGAACACCAAGGGCCUGCAGCCAGUGGCGGAGCUGUUUAAAUACAGCUCCAUGACAUCAGUGUUGGCAGUGAGACACAACUCCUGGCUGGUAUUCUUCAUCGGUACAGGAGACGGACAACUCAUCAAGGUCUGUGGAACACAUUUAUUAGAACUCUUAACACAUACACACACACACACACACACACACACACACUGGCCUCGUAACACCCCUCUCAUGUCAUUAUUUCUCCCUUGAACACACAGAUACCCAUACAACAGAAUUACAGCAUUUUCUACCAAACGUGGCUCACAUGAGGGAAUUUGAGGUCUAAAUUAGCCUGGAGAAACCCCACAGUAACUUUACUAGGCACAAUAGUCUCCUUCAUGCAGUGUUGUCCCUGGAAAGCUCUAAUAAUCCUAGCAGCAAAUCCCCUGUAUAUUUCUUACGGUAAUAUCACAUCCAUGCAGUACAUACUCACAACCAGACAGGGGAUUGGUCACCACAGCACAUCAAUGAUUAUUAGUGUAUCAUGUAUCAUCAUCAUCAUCAUCAUCAAAUUAAUACUCUUGUUGACAGAGAAAUGUGUGUAUUGUGGUUUGUUAGUGGGGUAUGUCACCUCUACAGAGAGAUGUGCAUUAUUAAAGUGUUACUUUUUGUCCCGUGUCAGCUUGCUGUAGACAAGGCCUACAAACCUGCCUGUCCCAGAGUGCUCUACAAGUCAGAUGACGACCGCAGUGUGUUUCCCAAGAUGCACCUGGAUCCCGUGGACCGCAAACAUGUGUACAUGGCACUGAGGAACCAGGUAAGUUCUACUGUACACAGAGACAAGUAUUAUACUGUACAACCAUUCUGAAAUAGGACCCAGGACAUAAUAUUGUGUGUUUUGUUCUAGAUGAUGCGUGUGCCUGUGGCUCAGUGCAGUAAACACAAGAGUCUGAAGGACUGUUGGUCUGCUCAGGACCCCUUCUGUGGCUGGUGUGAGUCUGAGAACAGUACGUCAAGGUCAGUCACAAGAACCACAACUACACACUUCUACAACUUACACUAUAUAGAGAUGUAUUUAUUAUAUCACAUUUUCCUUUCUAAAAUGUACAUUUUAAUUAUUGUUAUGAAGAUAAGCAGUGCCAGUCAUUUCAAUGUCAUUCAAUGAGGAGAGUUGUCUGGUUUGUCUGUGUUAAUGACAUCACCCACAGCUUCUUAGAAUAAACUUGCCAAUAUAGAUGAAACUUUCUGUGGAUAUACUUCUAUGUCCUGUUUAUCAGUAUCACCCUAAACCUGCUCAUCUUGACCCCUCCAUGUGAUGUGUUCUAGAUGUUCGUUUCAGGAUGACUGCCUUCAGCCUUCAGCCUGGAUCUCCAUCUCUGAGGACUCCCAACAACAGAACAUGGUCUCUUACCAGGUGGAGAAGAACAGCAGUGGAGAGAAGUUCACACUCACUGUCAAGGUCCACCUGAAUGUGAAUUGGACAGGAAGUCUCGCCUUCGCCUGUAACUUCCUUAUAGGACGUGGUAAUCUGUGUAACAGCACAAGCCCCGCUCCAGCGUUGCCACGAUGCUCCUGUCUGUUCUCCAUCGACCAGCUUCCUGCUGAAGGUCAGUAACCUUUCACCUUCUAACUCUCCUGUAGAUUUCUCAAUGACAAAAUGGAGCAUCUUGCUUAGAGAUUGUUUCCCUGUGUUCUUCCACGUAGGUCUGAAUGUCACAGUGAAGAUAAGAGUGGGGAAGCAGAACCUUGCUGAGAAACUAAUGCUAACUGACUGUUCAGACAUCACUGGACCACCUACCUCUGCCCUGUUAGUCAGAAAUCCCAAAUCUGUCAUGCUACGCCUCAGCACCUUGAUAUGGCUAUGUUUGAACCUACUUGUUUGGGACCUACUUGUUUAGACCUACUUCAAUAUUUACCAUAAUGAAAUCUUUUAAAAGAUAUGUUGGGCAGAUUGUGUUAUACACUUGCCUUUCUGUAUGUUAUAUAUUUGUUAGUACAUAUUUUGCAUGAGUAACAGAUGGUACACAUGUUUAUGAUUAAAUUCACUGUAGUUUUCUUGUUCCUUUCUCUAUGUCUCUCAGGUGUUCUCAGUGCAUGACAGCUGGAUGUAGCUGGAGUAAUGAUGCUUGCUCCUGGACACCUAGGUCUGCCAACUCAGACCCCAUACAGGUAUGACACACACACACCUUCUUCUUUAAGGGUGUUCAUCUCGCAACUUCUUCACCCAUGUUUGUUCCUGUAUCUUGUUCAUUAACCCUCUCUCACUUCCUUCCCCAGGAUGUGUGCAGACUCAGCCAGUCAGGGAUGAACUACUCUGUAAGUCCAUCAUACUGAUCAACACUUUUUCCUCUUUAUCAGCAUCUCUCAGUGGAUUUUCUGUCCAUUAUGAGGAAGUUUGAUCUCAGAACAGGGAACUAGGUGUGUGUGUGUGUGUGUGUGUGUGUGUUUGUGUGUUUGUGUGUGUGUGUGUGUGUGUGUGUGUGCACAUCGGUGUCUGCAUGUGACACAGAGUGGACUUGAAGUGGUCUGGGAUUUUCACAGUGACAUAGUCUCAGAAAAUUGCAGGCACAGUUAUUUCAUGCUAAGUACCUAUCAAAUAGCUAAUGACGUGUUUUAUGAAAUGUGACAAGGACAAGGCUUUCUUGUAUAUGGUCAGCUCUGAAAUAGUUCACGACAACCCAUACACUACCACAAAAUGUUCAAUUUUGUUCACACGGUGUGUCGUAAGAUACAUACAUACAUACAUACAUACAUACAUACAUACAGUGCCUUCAGAAAGUAUUCAGACCCCUUGACUUUUUCCACAUUUUGUUACGUUACAGCCUUAUUCUAAAAUUGAUUAAAUAUAUUGUUUUCCUCAUCAAUCUACACACAAUAUCCCAUAAUGACAAAGCAAAAACAGGUUUUAAUACAUUUUUGCUAAUUUAUAAAAAAAAUAAAAAACUGAAAUAUCACAUUUACAAUAGUAUUCAGACCCUUUACUAUUUUCAGUUAUACGGAGCAAUAUUCAUAGAUCUGGGCAUCUUUUGUAGUUACGCAUCCUACAUUUAGAUCACUUAUAAAAUAAAGAUUUUAUCGUAACCAGAAUAACAUGGAUGAAAAAGGUUAAAUAUAGUAAGAAGAUGUUUGUGAAUAGAGUAUUUGUCUCUGAGUCAAGUCAUCAUACCUCUUACAGUGGGGAUUGUGAUUGUGCCCCAGGGUAGUAGUAAUUUUGGAGUCACUUUUAUUGUAAAUAAGAAUAGAAUGUUUCUAAACACUUCUACAUUAAUGUGGAUGCUACUAUAAUUACAGAUAGUCCUGAAUGAAUCGUGAAUAAUGAUGAGGGAGAAAGUUACAGAUGCACAAAUAUCAUACCCCCAAGACAUGCUAACCUCUCAACAUUACAAUAUCAGGAGAGGUUAGCAUUUUUUUAGGGGGUAUGAUAUUUAUGCCUCUAACUUUGUCACUCAUCAUUAUUCAAUAAAACUAAAGAGAAAGCCUAGGGCCACAAACACAUAUUUAGUAUCACUUGUCUAUCAGAAAUAUUGUCUGUGUCUGUCUCUGUGUGGGUUUGUUAGGAGCCAGUGAUCUUCUCCAUAGUGCCCAGUGUUCUGUCCUUCCAUGGGAGAAACCACGCCCUGAUGACUGGGAAGAACCUGGAUCACGUGAUCAGGGUUCGCAUCCAAGGGGACAUGAACUGCAGUCACAAGGAGUGAGUCAAAGUGGACAAUCGGUUGAAUAUGAUUUAUUUUCUAUUUUAUGCAGACAUCAUUUUUUGAGAGAAAUAAAAAAUGGAUUAUUUUAAUCAAUGCUUUUAAACAAUGAUUUUGAUGUUUUUUCACUGGCGCUCACUUCGCUCAUGAAAGCCCAAGGCUUUAUCACUGUGUUUUGGUAAAGUGUGUGUCUAACCUGUGUAGUGUGUGUAUCACAUGGUCAGGUCUCCUGUGUGGAACCACACUGGGUCCAGUCUGACGUUCCACAUCCCCAGUGGAGACAAAGGUUCUGUCAGUGUGUGUGCCGUGCUGCCAGACGGUCGCUGUCUGGGCAAGGCCACUGUCACCUAUAGGUCCUCACCGUCCUGCACUGGGCUAACACCAAGCACUACCUGGUAUAGGUAAAAAAACACACACACACAUGUAGGUACGCGCACACACACACACACACUUUAUGGACCAUGUCAUACUUUAUUUAUUCUGUGAAAUGUUUUCUUUGUGUUACAACCUUUUUCAUAAAAGCAUGUGUUUUUUAUUCUGGCUUAUUCAAAUAAUGCUGAUAGGACAAUUCCCAUCAGCUCUCUAGGUGUGACCAACAACCCUCCUCUGAUUGGUUGAUUUCCUAUGUGUCCUGCAGUGGGAAAAGGAGGAUCAUGGUCCAGGGGUCCCAUCUGGAGUUUGUGGAGGGGGUUGUUCAUGACCACGCCCCUCAGACCAUCCGAACCAACUAUAGCUCAGGGGUAGGCAUCUUAACACACUGAUUUAAUUGAUUUCUUGACUAAGCAUCAUGUCUUCACCCACUCUCACUUAACCAGUCAGUAACCUAAUAUGAACAUGCACACUGCCACACCUCACCAAACUUUCACACAACACAGAAAUCAGUCAUGGUGGCCUCAAUAUCUAAGGUAUUCUAAUUCAUGUUGGUGUUUUUAGUCUCUGUGGUACCACACACCUCCUUUUGAACACAUUCACCAGCCAGUCACCUCCACUGUGUCUCUGAGAGUGGCCAAUCAGACACUGGCCUGCUCAUCACAGCUCACCUACCAUCCCGACCCAGAAUUCACCAACUACACUGCAAUCAAGACAGGAAAAGACCUGCGUGUCACCAUUGAGGUAUACACACAUACACAUGCAUGGAGGCACGGAUAAACCACCAUAUGUACUUAGUACACUCACUCACUCACUCUCUCACUCACUCACUCACUCACUCACUCAUAAAGAGGCAAUUCUUAGAAAAGUAUUCUGUUUCAUCAGUUCUUUUUUCUCCACAGCUCCUUAUUUGGUUACAAUCUCUCUCUCUCUCUCUCUCUCUCUCUCUCACACUCACACUCACACUCACACUCACACUCACACACACAAAACACUAUAUAUAUUUUAUUUAUUUCAGAAAAAGGCUGACAAGUUGGACAUCACCACAGCAGAGAUCUCAGUGUUGGGUGUUCAGGAGGAGAACCAGUAUGUAGAGUGUGUCAUGGACCCCAAAGAGACGAGCAACAGGACUGACUCUGUCAUCUGUGAGAUAAAGAACACUCCCAGCGCUAACAUCAAGUCACUGAGGGUAAAAAAUAUUAUUCAGAUAAAUCAAAAAAUGUUGUUAGUUGCUCUUGGAAACUCAAAAUCAGAACUGUCCUUGGAAAUAGUAUUUUACAGUUAACAUGCAUUAUGAUGUUUGUUUUUCAGAUAACAGUUGGAAAUGUCACGAUAAACCUUUUAAAACAAGUUGAGCCUUCAAUGCUAAUCAUCCUUGUGCUUAUACCCAUUAUCAUUGUGGUCAUUGUGGGUCAGUAUUCAACUUCAUCAACUUUGUUUUGACUUAGUGUCUCAUGACAGACUGUACAUGUCCAAUCAAGUAGCUGGCACACAAGAUUUGGUUCUGGGUUCUGAAAUGAGUUCUGACCUGGUUUGGUUGAACAGGGCCCAUAGGUUUAGGUAUGGUGGUGGUGUGUGUGAAUAAAGCUCUUGUCCUGUCCUGACCAGGUGCGGUGUGGUAUUCCUACAGUAAACAGAGGAAAAUGGCGGCACAAAUGAACAAGCAGCUGGAACUGCUGGAGUGUGACAUCAGAAAUGACAUCCGACAAGGUCAGUCGUCGUGGACACACCGACCUUGAUUUAUAUUCUUCAAUCGCACACAGACAGUCACACACACGCACACAUACUCACUGAUGCACCAAAUUGGCAUGAUGAAAUGGAUUUAACAAAGUAAAGGCCCAUGACUUCCACCCACAUGCAACACACACAUACAGUGCAUACGGUACAGUUACACCAAAAACAAACACCCUUACUUAACCUUCUGUUCUCUAGGAUUUGUGGAUAUGCAGACAGAAAAGUGUGAUUUAAUUGAGAAUGAUGGAGUCAUCCCUUUCUUGGACUACAAGCUCUUUGCUUCCAGGAUCUUCUUCCCUGACGUACGUAGGAGCUGAACACAGAACAGAGUCAAUACAGCAUACCUAGUACAGUCUGCUUUAAAAUAAGAAAUGUUGUGUUAAAUGGACCGAUAGGUUGUGUUAUGUUCGUACUUUGUCCUAUUGUUUCUGUUAGGGUGGACCUGUAAUGACCUCCUGUAUCAAAGACAUUGGCCAGGUGAGAUUUGAUUUGAACUGAAAUCUGCUCGUCUGAUUGCCAUAACAUUACUUUAUCAAUGACUGAAAGGGAAACGGAGGAUGUAAGCGAUUUCCAUAAGUAGCUAACAUCUGUCCUGUGGUCAGGACGUGGUGAAGGUGCAGCCAGACGAGAGCUCCCAGGCCCUGUCCAGACUGAUCCGGGAUCAGGUGUUCCUCACCUCCUUCGUCCACGCUCUGGAGGAGCAGAAGAACUUCAACGUCAAGGAGAAGUGAGUCAGUGAGGACAGGACAGGACACAAUUUAGGCCAAGUGUGACUUAGUUGGUUGGAGUAUAGGAUAUACGACAGGUAAGGUUAAGGCAUAUAGUACAGUAGAAAUGGUUUAGGUGUCGUUUAAGUCAUUAUGGAUGAGCAGGUAUGGUGUGUAUAGCAGGUAAUAGAGAUGUCAUAAGUCUGAUGUAUGUUGUGUCCUACAAGGUGUGCGGUGGCCUCACUGCUGACCGUGUCCCUCCACGGUGACCUGCCCUACCUGACCCAGGUGAUGGAGGAACUACUCAGGGCUCUGAUGGAGCAGCCCAGUAACUCCCAGCCCAAACUCAUGCUGCGACGCACUGAGUCCAUCGUGGAGAAGCUGCUCACCAACUGGAUGUCCAUCUGUCUCUACGGCUUCCUCAGGGUCUGUCUGUCUGUCUCUACGGCUUCCUCGGGGUCUGUCUGUCUGUCUCUACGGCUUCCUCGGGGUCUGUCUGUCUGUCUCUACGGCUUCCUCGGGGUCUGUCUGUCUGUCUCUACGGCUUCCUCGGGGUCUGUCUGUCUGUCUCUACGGCUUCCUCAGGGUCUGUCCGUCUGUCUCUACGGCUUCCUCAGCGUCAGUCCGUCUGUCUCUAUGGCUUCCUCAAGGGUCAGUCUGUCUGUCUCUACAGCUUCCUCAAGGGUCAGUCUGUCUCUACGGCUUCCUCUAGGGUCAGUCUGUCUGUCUCUACGGCUUCCUCAGGGUCAGUCCGUCUGUCUGUCUGUCUAUAUCAGUUAUUUUCUUGCUUCUAGCAAAGCCUUAUUAGUUCACACUGUAUGUAUUUAUUAGCCUCCAUGUCAUUAUGGUCAGGUUACAGUAAAAACAAAAUGAUCUAAUAAAUGUCCACGUGUUUGAGUGUCUAUGUGAAUGAGUGUCUGUUUUUGUAACUUUUCAUAUUAGUGCAUGUUAAUGAGUUAUACCUAAUUGUACAUGUGAAUACCGGUUUGUGUGUGUUUAACUGAGCUGUGUGUGUGUGUUGUGUCCCAACAGGAGAGCGUGGGCCAGCCCCUUUUCCUGCUGGUGUGUGCUCUGACCCAGCAGAUGUCUAAAGGCCCAGUGGACUCAGUCACAGAAAAGGCUCUCUACACACUCAACGAAGACUGGUUACUGUGGCAGGCUCAGGACUUCACCACAAUGGUACCCCCCACCACACACACACACACACACACACACACACACACACACACACACACACACACACACACACACACACACACACACACACACACACACACACACAUCAUCAGCACAAGCACACACCAAAUGUUCACCUUCACAUACACACACCCUUCCUGGAUCUAGUGCAUGGCAACAGGGGUAGUUGGCAGAAAAAGGAGGAACUGAAGUGGUUGUUUUGUUUGUUACCAGAAAAAGUUGUGGUUUGAGGAGCUCGUCUGUCAAAGAACAUCUCUCAAUAUGCUGGGGCAAAAAUGAAAGUGAUGUUACCUCAUAAAGAUCCUCAACAAAAACAGGUCUUCUUAGUUAUCUGUUGGUUGUAUUCAGCCUAACCUCGAGGCGCAUGUGUGUAAAUGUAUCUAAUUAGUAUUUUUGUGCUGUGGUUUGUAGAUUGGGACAGUUGCACACGCAAUGUUGACAGGAAAAGCUAUAGCUUUUUUUAGGAAGCUAUUAGUAGAUAUGGCCUCAGUCUCUCUGAAGCAAAAUAUACAGUUGCUCAGUGGUUUCUUAUAACAGAGAAAUUAGACCGAGGUAUUUAUCACAAGAGACGACACCACACAAGAUAUCCUCCAUCUAUUCUAUCGCUGUAGUGUAUAGGUUGAAUUGAAUGAAGUCCAUCAAGUGAUAUACACAGACAUGUGGUUUUAUAAAGCUUUAGCUAACUGUGUGGUUUCCCUGACCCAAAUAGAAAGACAGUUGGUAUGAAGGUUAGCUUCAGUUGUUCGCCAUACUGAUGAAUAGAGCUAAUUUCACAUGUAAUUUUCUAAAUAGCCUACAUCAUGAUGUAUGUGUGUCUGUUGAUUCCAACCCCCCCCCCAGAGGCUACAGGUGCUGUUUGCUGUGGGAACAGACGGAGAGGUCAGUGAGCCCCUGGAGGUCAGUGCUCUGGACUGUGACACAGUGGAGCAGGUCAAGGAGAAGAUCCUCCUGGCCUUCAAGACCAAGUUUGGCUUCCCCUACAACACCCCUAUCAGACAGAUACACAUCGGUCAGUUGUAGUACCUCAUGUGUCCAAGACAUUAGGAGAGAAUGCAAGAGUGAUGAGUGCUAACGAGAAUUAUGACUCUAAAAUCAUGCAUACCUCAAAUGAAAAAUAUUGAUCGAUCAUACAUUCUUUCAAAGGAAUGGCUUUCAAAUGUUCAUUAUAAUGACUUCUCUCUCUCUCUUUCUUUAACUCUGCAGAGUAUGAGAAGGAUGGAAGGUUUGUCCCACUAAAGGAGGUGGAUGCCAGCUCAGAGGUUCUAGGAGAAGUGACCAUGCUCAACACACUCAAGCACUACAAGGUUAGAGAACACUACCAAGCUUCCUGAUGCAGGAAAUAAGCCUAAUCUCACGUUCAAUAUCUCUCUCUUUAUCUCCUAUCACCAUAUUGGACAGAGGGUAAAAAAAAAAAAAGAAAUUGACAUGUAGUUGAAGGCCUAUACUGCAAAAAUGCAGAUUAAAGGUCCAAUCACUUGCAGCUGUAGUAUUACUCAAUGUGGCUCAACCGCAGAAGAUCUGCGCUAUAGCGAGAUUUACAUUUAAAGGCAACAUUCCUGUGUUUGUGGAGACUGCAUUCACGGUAAACCCUGCAUAUGUCGGCUCAAUCGGGAAAUACCUUUACAUUUCAAUCGCGCUAUUAACGCUGAAGAUACGCAGAUCUUCAGCGGUACGGAUUGAAUCUAGUCCUAGGUAGUUGUAAUAACUAGACAGAUUAGGUUAUCAAAUUGUUGCUUAAUGUCACCAAACCACAUGCACAAAUUCGUCAGGUAUCUUAUAAGCACAUUAUAAGUAGAGGGUCUCGCUAGAACAUCCUUGAAAUUGAAUCAGAGUACUGAGUACAGUGUACUGCUCUCAUUCUGCAGCCUGGUUUUCAAGGCUACUAACAGGCAGUAUUAGCUCCAUUCAAGGCAGCCUGGCUGGUUGGACUGAGCUGCCCGUGUCACAAGGUCAAACCAGACCACAAUUAGAUUAGAACUCCUGUACUCGUUAUUAGUCUCACUGUAGAACAUCACUGUAUUUUAGGUCUACCAGCUGGUUGAGAAGCUGGUAACUCAGCAUUUAUCGACCUUCUAACUCAGUGUGUUUCUACAGGUAACGGAUGGAGCGUCCAUCAAAGUGCUCUCUAAGACUCAUGGCCCUCUGAGUCCUCAGAGCAGCCUGAAAGGUAAGGGUGUCAACAGAGAUUGCCAUUCUACAGUGCACCAUGCCUCGAUAGCUCCUGGAGUUGUGGACCUUGUACACGUCACCUCACACUGUAUUAAACAGGGAAUGAAUGGUGUGGGGGGGGGGGGGGGUGUGUGGGGGGGGCAUUUUGUGAAUGCCUACACUACACACAGAGUACACACCAACAGUAUUCACACACACAAGCGCAUGCUCAUAGUUAAUGCUCAUCACACUAUUGUGAAUGCCUACACUACACACAGAGUACACACCAACAGUAUUCACACACACAAGCGCAUGCUCAUAGUUAAUGCUCAUCACACUACCACACGUGUGCACAGAGUUUGUCAAAGUUUUAUUGUAUUUAUUUAUUUUGGCAUGGUGGAGUCCCAUUGAGACCAAGGUCUAUUUUACAAGGGAGCCCUGCGUGACAAACAAUUACUCAAUCAAGGCAGCAUGGGUGUAUAAGAAAUGCACAAACUAAAAAUACAAAUCAUAAAAAACGACAUUCAACAAAACAAACAUCCCUCAGUAAAGUUGCGUUUAAAGUAGACAUGUUUUGGUCCACAUUUACCCUCCCCCUCUUUCUAAAAUUGUUAUAUGGCAGAUGUGAAACACAAGUGAGAUGCAAAACCACAUAACUGUGUCUGCUUAUAUAAAAAAAAACUAACAGAAACCAGGAAGCUAUUUAGUACAAUUGUCGUUGUUGUGUAUUUUUCACAGACGAUCAGAACUACUCCACAAAGUACUUCCAUCUGGUAAGUGGCAACAUGACCUCUGAAUUAGUUGUCCCUGAUGUGCGUUUGAUCUGAUUGAUUAAUAGUGCUCUUUGACCCCAGAUUGACCCUGACAUUGAUCAGGACCAAAAGAACCCGGAGAGGAAGAAGCUGAAACUGAAGGAAGUGUACCUCACCAAGCUGCUCUCCACCAAGGCAAGAGGAACUCACUGUUAACUUACAUCCUGACCUGUCAAACCAACCCCUUUCAACCUGCCACUGUCCUCUGAUAAAUGGUUAACUGAAAGAUGGAAAUGUCUAGACUUUGCAGUUAUGUGAGAUCCAGCAUACAGUGACUGUGUAACAGUUCCCUUCCCUUCUCAUUUCCCUUAUGAACAUUGCUUUCAAAAAAAAGUGGAUAGGUACUAAAGUGGCUUGCUUGGAGCGGUCAGUGCGGUUUCAGUGUAAGGGACAUUAUAUAUGGCCAUAAACCAUCCACUUCCUCCUCUCUCAGGUGGCUGUGCAUUCGUUUGUGGAAAAACUGUUCAGAACCAUCUGGGGAACCCCUAACCUCAAUGCCCCGCCUGCCAUCAAGUACUUCUUUGACUUCCUGGACGCCCAGGGAGAGAACAAGAGGAUCAGUGACCCGGAUGUACUACACAUCUGGAAAACCAACAGGUAUGUGUUCAUCUGGGUAAUAUUCAUUAGGUCACACCGUAGCAAAACAUUUUGCAAUGGAAAACGAAUGAGCGUUUUAUUGGACAAGUUCAAGUAGUCCCUCUAUUUUUCAGUGUUUUCUUCCAUUUGAUGCCUAAAGAAUAUGACCCUGAUAGUACACCUGUUUGAGUAUGUUUAUAGUAGAAUCCAUCUUUCUUAAUGUCUUUCCUCAUGUCCAAUCAAUGUGUUGUAUCUACUAAUUCAAUACUCAAGCCACUAAUCACUGUAUUGGGAUAGUGAUAGAAUGUUUGACUGGUCCUCUGUCCUGCUCCUUCCCAGCCUGCCCCUGCGGUUCUGGGUGAACAUCCUGAAGAACCCCCAGUUUGUAUUCGACAUGGAGAAGACCCCGCCCCUGGACGGCUGUCUGUCCGUCAUUGCCCAGGCCUUCAUGGACUCCUUCUCCCUGGCUGAGAAACAGUUGGGCAAGGUGGGGCCAGGACAGAGACAUCACAGAAUAUAAUGACUAACACACCUCAUAUCUUGUGCUUUUGUGUACAUUUCUGCAAAUCUCAAUGUCAAAUAUGCAAAAAGAGUUUGUGGUUCAACUGUUAAAACGCUGCCCUCAAACUUAGUAGAGUGCAUAUGUCAUCAAGAACUGUCAUGCUAAUCUACGGGUUCAAACAUUUUUUGCACAACUUUCAAUGUAAAAUAUACUAGGAGCCAUGUAACAGACAGAGGUUGGUGGUUCAAACCUCAUCUCUUGCGCAAACCUCAACGUCAAAUAUACGAAGAGUAGAAAAUGUGAAGGAGUCGGUGGUUCAAUUCCUGCCUUGCACCCGAGAUGUAGGUUCAAAGUUAAUUUCUUGUGCUGUUGUGUACGUUUCCACAAUUGUCUAUGUCAAAUAUACAAAGAGCCGGGUAAAGAAUGUGAAGGAGACAGUGGUCCAAUCGUUAAAUCCCUGUCUAGCGGCCAAGUGUUUGUAGGUUCAAACCUAAUUUCUUGUACGUUUCUGCAACUGUCAAUGUCAAAUAGACAAAAAUAGUUUGUGGCUCUGGUGCAAGAAUCUCACCCCGAUAAGCACAGGGUUGUAGGUUUGAACCCAGGUGCCAGCUUUCGAUUUCAUAUAUUUUUUUUGUAUACAUUAAAUGCGCUAUGCAUUAUGUGGGUUGAAUGCUGUAACACAGAAUAAAACAAUUCAUAAAAGUUCCAUGAUGGCAGUGACCACCCAUUACUGCUUAUCACUUAUUAACCAUAAUUUAUUCACAUUACUUUAAACAUAUACAGUGGGGGAAAAAAGUAUUUAGUCAGCCACCAAUUGUGCAAGUUCUCCCACUUAAAAAGAUGAGAGAGGCCUGUAAUUUUCAUCAUAGGUACACGUCAACUAUGACAGACAAAAUGAGAAAAUAAAAUCCAGAAAAUCACAUUGUUGGAUUUUUAAUGAAUUUAUUUGCAAAUUAUGGUGGAAAAUAAGUAUUUGGUCAAUAACAAAAGUUUCUCAAUACUUUGUUAUAUACCCUUUGUUGGCAAUGACACAGGUCAAACGUUUUCUGUAAGUCUUCACAAGGUUUUCACACACUGUUGCUGGUAUUUUGGCCCAUUCCUCCAUGCAGAUCUCCUCUAGAGCAGUGAUGUUUUGGGGCUGUCGCUGGGCAACACGGACUUUCAACUCCCUCCAAAGAUUUUCUAUGGGGUUGAGAUCUGGAGACUGGCUAGGCCACUCCAGGACCUUGAAAUGCUUCUUACGAAGCCACUCCUUCGUUGCCCGGGCGGUGUGUUUGGGAUCAUUGUCAUGCUGAAAGACCCAGCCACGUUUCAUCUUCAAUGCCCUUGCUGAUGGAAGGAGGUUUUCACUCAAAAUCUCACGAUACAUGGCCCCAUUCAUUCUUUCCUUUACACGGAUCAGUCGUCCUGGUCCCUUUGCAGAAAAACAGCCCCAAAGCAUGAUGUUUCCACCCCCAUGCUUCACAGUAGGUAUGGUGUUCUUUGGAUGCAACUCAGCAUUCUUUGUCCUCCAAACACAACGAGUUGAGUUUUUACCAAAAAGUUAUAUUUUAGUUUCAUCUGACAUUCUCCCAAUCCUCUUCUGGAUCAUCCAAAUGCACUCUAGCAAACUUCAGACGGGCCUGGACAUGUACUGGCUUAAGCAGGGGGACACGUCUGGCACUGCAGGAUUUGAGUCCCUGGCGGCGUAGUGUGUUACUGAUGGUAGGCUUUGUUACUUUGGUCCCAGCUCUCUGCAGGUCAUUCACUAGGUCCCCCCGUGUGGUUCUGGGAUUUUUGCUCACCGUUCUUGUGAUCAUUUUGACCCCACGGGGUGAGAUCUUGCGUGGAGCCCCAGAUCGAGGGAGAUUAUCAGUGGUCUUGUAUGUCUUCCAUUUCCUAAUAAUUGCUCCCACAGUUGAUUUCUUCAAACCAAGCUGCUUACCUAUUGCAGAUUCAGUCUUCCCAGCCUGGUGCAGGUCUACAAUUUUGUUUCUGGUGUCCUUUGACAGCUCUUUGGUCUUGGCCAUAGUGGAGUUUGGAGUGUGACUGUUUGAGGUUGUGGACAGGUGUCUUUUAUACUAAUAACAAGUUCAAACAGGUGCCAUUAAUACAGGUAAUGAGUGGAGGACAGAGGAGCCUCUUAAAGAAGAAGUUACAGGUCUGUGAGAGCCAGAAAUCUUGCUUGUUUGUAGGUGACCAAAUACUUAUUUUCCACCAUAAUUUGCAAAUAAAUUCAUUAAAAAUCCUACAAUGUGAUUUUCAGGAGAAAAAAAAAUUCAAUUUGUCUGUCAUAGUUGACGUGUACCUAUGAUGAAAAUUACAGGCCUCUCUCAUCUUUUUAAGUGGGAGAACUUGCACAAUUGGUGGCUGACUAAAUACUUUUUUUCCCCACUGUAUUUCAGUUGUUUAAUACAUCUGUUUUAUUUGAUGACUUUAGGAUUUCAUUCCCAGUCAUCAUCUUGUCUCUAUGGGCGGCAGGUAGCUUAGUGGUUAAGAGCGUUCGGCCAGUAACCGAAAGGUAGCUGGUUCUAAUCCCCGAGCCGACUAGGUGAAAAAUCUGUCAAUGUGCUCUUGAGCAAGGCACUUAACCCUAAUUGCUCCUGUAAAUCGCUCUGGAUAAGAGCGUCUGCUAAAUGACUAAAAUGUAUAGAGCUGCGGUCUGACAAAAUCACUAUGUUAGUAGUUCUUCAAAGUAAAUAAGGCAUACUUUUAUGACUGCUGAAUACCAACUAUCAAUCACUUAGAUCAGGUAUUUUCAGGUAGAGAUACCUCAAUCGUCUUGUCUCCAAUGUUCCCUCUAAACUGCACACGCUAGGCCCGCACCUCCUCCAGGACUGCUGCGCAGAAGAAAUGCCAGGCCGCAGAGACGCAAGAGAUAGAACUUCAUUGAGUUCACCUCAUUAGUUUGCACUAUAUAGAUCAAUGUUUUUUCUGUGAUCGAUUCAACAUUAUAUCAGCCCCUUUUCAAUGCAACAAACAAAUCUAACUUUGUAAGAUUGAGGCUGUGAUUUUGUUGUAGGCAGAGCCCCAUGGAGUAGAAUUAUAUUGGUGGGUAGCCCACUAGGGGUCUUUCAAUCACCCGCUAGUGAAUGAAUGCGUUUUUAAGGUCAGUUCAGAGCUGCUCAUGUGAACAUUUGUUCAUAUUCUUUGCCAGUUAGCGUAGUUAUAGAUAAGUAUAGGUCAGCAAUGGGGAGUACUGCUUCCUACAAGAGCACAAAACAUGUGGGCUACAUUUCAAGCGGUCUUUGAAAAGCUUUCACGUUUCCACUCACAAUACCACAAAUUUGCUCAGUGCCGCAAAAAAUUAGCGCCAACAUUGCUUGUCUCUCUUAUCUCCCUUUUUGUGUCUGCCUCCCAAAUACAGGACAAGUAUGAUCACAAUGGAUUGUCAUUGUAGUUAAUUACGUUUUUUGCAGUAAACUAUGUAGAAUAUUGGCCUGUUGGAAACUACAACUCCCUACUACAUCGCACAGAUCAGGCUUGAUCUGAUUUAUCGCUAGAGAAACUACGCAUUGAGCUCACAGAAAAAAACGAACGAAAUGGAAUUCAAAUAAUUGAACCGACGUCGAUCAAUUUAGUUAUUUAAAAACGAAAAAUGUCAGUUAAACGCUCAGCACUAGCAGCCAAUGGAAAUGUCUGCGAUAGGUAUAAUGCCGGUCUCAUAACUUGCAGGCCUCUUAGUAUACCUGGCAUUGACAAUGCUAGAAGCUCAAAAGGUAAGGACACCUAUCACCUAGAUUUGACAUGACUCUUCUACCCUCUCUCUGUUCCAGCAUGACCCAACCAAUAAACUGCUCUAUGCCAAAGAUAUCGCUCAGUACAAGCAGGAAGUGAGGGCCUACUACAAGCAGGUCAGGGACCAGCCACCAAUCAGCAGCGCUGAGUUCAAGGAGUUCCUGCACAAGGAGUCAAAGGUACUGCCCCUCUAGUGGUUCAGCUUUCUAAUAAAUAAUUAUUUUGAUAUUGUGCUUUAAGGACAUUACAUUUAUAUUUUUGUUUCAUUAGAAACAUGAAAACGAAUUCAAUGAAUCAGCUGCCCUCCGUGAACUCUACAAAUACAUGCAGCGGUACUUUGAUGAGGUAAACCGUCUGUCCAUCUGUCUAGCUCUCCCCUUAAUUGGCAUUCAUGAUUUUUCCCAUAAACUUCACACUUCCCCUGCACUGUCUAAUCACUUCAACCAGGACUAAAAAUCUUGAAAAAGCUGUUGUUCAGGCCAACAUCACAUGAUCACUGUGUAACUGUAAAGCUGCCUGGCACAAAGCCUAGUUUGUGGGAAAUGAGAACUGCAGUGGCAGAGCAUAGCGUAGCGUAGCAUGAAACACAGCCUAUGCCACUUCUAUGUGGGGUGGUGAUUAGGCUGGUUUUCAGUUCUUCAUUUUGUAGUGAUCUACUGUUUUGAGCUCCACAAUAGCAGCUGACCAUACCUAUGCCACAUAGAGUUUAAACAUAUGCCUAGACCUAGUGUGGAUUGAUAAUCCCCCAUUGUGGCAUAUUGCUACUGGCUGAUGUCUUAAAUUUAUGGACACAAGCUGGCCUUUUUUUGUUUGCCCACAUGUAAACAAAACAAUUGAAUGUGUGGUGUCUCCCUGGCAGAUUAAACUGAAGUUGGAUGAGAAUGGCGCCCCCGUGGAGUUGAAGGAGCAACUGCAGCACGUGAAGAGCCUGUUUGACAGCCUCAAGAGCUGUUCCUGGAACUGA